AUGGCCGGUGCGCGCGUGCUGGGCGAGAGCGGGGGCGGCGGGGGCGCGGCCGCCGCAGCCGCGGCCCCCAUGGACUACUCGGUGCACGAGGCUUGGAACGAGGCCACCAACGUCUACCUGCUGGCCGUGCUGGCCAGCCUGGCUCUGCUGGUGUACGCGCGCAGGUGGGCUUCCCCCAUCUCUCUUUCGGUGCCAAUAUAGGCCGGCAGCACUGCAGCCUGCCCUUCGGAACUCCCCGCCACUGGAGAUCCAGCAGGGCGCCUGCAGAGACGCCUUUAGCGUGGCGGUGCCUGCCCUUCGGAACUCUCCGCCACUUGAGAUCCAGCAGGGCGCCUGCAGAGACACCCGCUGCGCACUGUUGGGAACCCCCCCAUCGCAUUUAGCGUGGCAGCGCCUGCCCUUCGGAACUCCCCGCCACUUGAGAUCCAGCAGGGCGCCUGCAGAGAGGCCCACUGCGCACGGUUGGGAACCCCCCCCACUGCCUUCAGCGUGGCGGUGCCUGCCCUUCGGCACUCCCUGCCACACUGCGCAAGGUUGGGAACCCGCCACAGCCUUUAGCGUGGCGGUGGCGACGCCUGCCCUUUGGAACUCCCCGCCACUUGAGAUCCAGCAGGGCACCUGCAGAGACGCCCAAUGCGCACUGUUGGGAACCCUCCCCACCACCUUUAGCGUGGCGGUGCCCGCCUUUUGGAACUCCCCACCACUUGAGAUCCAGCAGGGUGCCUGCCCUGCGCUCUUUCCGGCGCCAGCCAAAAGGAAGCCCGCUCAGGCGCUUGGGAAGUCGAGGUGGCGUGAAUCUGCUUGAGUGUUUCAUUUUUUUUGCUUUGCGUGUUUUCGAAGUAGGGGUGUGUGGAUUUUUCUCGAUCUUGUUGUUUUGAGUCAUUUUGUGUGGGGUUUUUUCUUUUAAGCUUUGAAGAUGUUUUAUGGCACAGGCAAAUAAUGUGUAAAAAGGCAGUUGUGAUAAUGGCGUGAAGUGCAUUUGGAAGGAUGGGGUGGAGCAAACAGGGACGUUCAGAGUGGGGCCAGCCUGUGUGGUCUUACGUAAUAAUAAUAAUAAUAAUAAUAAUAAUAAUAAUAAUAAACAUAGUCUCUGAAGGGGAUGUGGUGGUAUCCUGCAGUGGUGGUAAGACUUGCCGCCUAAAGGAACAGGCUAAUUCUUGUGCUACGGUUGUCUAAUAAAUGUCCCAAGCAAGCACAAAUUUCAUGGUUCUGCAGAUUAUCUUGCCACUUAAAACCGGAGGAGACAUGAUAUGACACUUUAUUAUUUAUUACUUUAUUGUUUACAUGUUGCUUGUCCUUUUGGAUUUUAGAAAUAAAAGGAAGAUCAUGAGGAUUUUUACGCUACCUCCUGCUGUAGAAGUACCACCUGAGCCAAACUUUUAUGAUAGUGUGAAAAAAAUUCGUCUACGGCAGCAGCUAGAGAUGUACUCUAUCGGUAGGUAUACUCCAUCGGUAGGCUCCCAGUACGUUUCUGAGCACAAUUCAAAGCGUUGAAUUAAAGCUGUAAAACGGCCUUGGUUCAGGAUACCUGAAGGAGCGUCUCCACCCCAUCAUUCAGCCCUGGCACUGAGAUCAAGCUCCGAAGGCUGCCUGGCGGUUCCCUUUAAAAAUGUGUUGUUGUUUUUUUGAGGGGGUUUAUUGGGUUGUUGUUUUUAGUUUAUGUAUUUUGUGGUUUUAUAUUCUGAUUUUAUUCUGUGAGCCGCCCUGACACCUGCAGGUAUAGGGUGGGGUGUUGCUGUUGUUGUUUAUUUAAAGAUACAGAGCUUCUAAAGAUACAGAGCAUCUAUUCCUUUUUUUUAAAAAAAUAUUUUUUAUUAAAUUUUCCAUUUUAACAAUCCAAUCAAAUCACAUUAAGUAUUCCAGAUUAUACAAAUACAUAUCAUAUAGUCCAAAUAUUCUGCCAAAUUAUAAAUUCAACAAAAAUUCAGAACAUCUAUUCCUUAUUGCAAUUCAUAACUGAAUAUAUGUCAAAGGGAGACUCAAAAUAGAAAUAAACAUUCAGGAUAUUUCAAAACUCGUAAUAGAAGGAUGUUUCAAAAGUUUCCAAGCUUACGAUGGUACAGCUCUCUUUCUGCAUGUUAUACAGAGAGGUGCAAGAGGAAAGUCAAAACCAGGGGUCAGCGGGGGUCCAGUCCACUGUCCCUCAGACCUUGUGGGAGGGCCGGACUAUAUUUUGGGAGGGGGGGAAAUGAAAGAAUUCCUAGGCCCCACAAAUAACCCAGAGAUGCACUUUAAAUAAAAGGACACGUUCUGCUUAUGUAAAAACACCAGGCAGGCCCCACAAAUAAUCCAGAGAUGCAUUUUAAAUAAAAGGACACAUUCUACUCAUGUAGAAACACGCUGAUUUCCGGACCGUCCACGGGCCGGAUUGAGAAGGCGAUUGGGCCGCAUCCGGCCCCCAGGCCUUAGUUUGCCUACCCAUGGUCAAAACUAUAGUAUUGUGGAAUGUCGGACAGUAUACAGGAUCAACAUAGCUUGUGAAUAAGGGGAGUCACAAAUCCCAAUGGAUGUUCCAGAAUUUGCAGUUGGUUAGCUAUGCUGGGGAAUCUUGCCACAUUACUGCCUAGCUGGGCAGUAGGCUGUUAUGACCAUGUGGUCAUAAGAAGGCAUACAACUGUUCAUAUGUUUUGCCUCCUAUUUACUGUUAAUGAGAAGGGAGUAGUGUUCAUUUUAGUUAUGAUGUCCUGGUAAAUGGAUGUUCAGCCAGCCUAUAUCAGAAACAAGUACCGUAGGUGUACAAGUGGGACUUGCAAGUAAAUGUUGCAGGGUGCUGUUCAGUGGGCCAGCCAGCCAUGCUUUUUUCUAGGAUAAUUCCUCCAUGGGAUUUCAUGUGUCCAGCUCCACUCCACCCCACCCCUGCCCUAACAGAUGCUCAGUGUUGGACUUUUGCGAGAAAAAUGCUUUUUUUUUUUUGGUACUUCUGCAGACCCCAAGACUGCUUGAUACUUCUCUGUUUUGGUGUCAAAGCCAAACACAAAAUACAAAACAAGAAGUUGGCCAGUGUUCAGUUUUCCCUGCGAUAGAGAGCGACAUGGUUUUUUUUUGGGGGGGGGCUACUCUUGGCCUUUUUGUCAAGCUUCCCAUUUUUUAUUCUAGGGAUGUAAAACCAGUUUACAGAAUCUAGGUUGCAGAAUUACAAUGGGUUUCUCGUUUGCGAGUGAUUUUUCUUACUGACAGUGUCCCAUUACACCCCCCACUUUUCCUUCUAAGCAAACCCUCUGAAAAAACAAAACAUCAUUCCAUGUAUAACCUUAGUAUCAAUCUUUGUUAGCAGGUUGGGGUGUGAUUUUGCAACUCCUUACUGCCUGCCAUUGUUGGACAUGUGCUUACAUCGAUCGCUUCUAUGACUUUAAAUCGCUAAAUGAUGUGCCAGUAACAAUUACUAUUAAAUGUGGACAUUUUGCACUCGUGACAGAAGGCAAAUUUUUAUCCUAAAAUGUGUGCAUUGGAAUUUGCUGAAUGUGUAUUGUGCUGAAUUAGUUUGUUAGCUAACAGAUAAACAGUGGGUUUGAAGUACCGUAUUUUUCGCUCCAUAGGACGCACUUUUUCCCCUCCAAAAAUGAAGGGGAAAUGUGUGUGUGUCCUAUGGGGCGAAUGCAGGCUUUCGCUGAAGCCUGGAGAGCGAGAGGCAUCGGUGCGCACCGACCCCUCUCGCUCUCCAGGCUUCAGGAAGCUAUCCGCAAGCCUUGCAAGCCCGGUGGGAGUUCCCGCGGGCUCACAAGGCUUGCAGGCAGCAGCCUGCAGCCCCGGCGAGUGUCCGCAAGCCUUGCGCGCCCGGCAGGAGGUCCCGCCGAGCGCGCGAGGCUUGGGGCGGCAGCUUGUCGCCCGAAGCACGGGGAGCCCUCCGGAGGGCUCCCCGUGCUUCGGGCGAGUGUCUGCAAGCCUUGCGCGCCCGGCGGGAGGUCCCGCCCAGCGCGCAAGGCUUGGGGCUGCAGCUUGUCGCCCGAGCACGGGAGCCCUCCGGAGGGCUCCCCGUGCUUCGGGCGAGUGUCUGCAAGCCUUGCGCGCCCGGCAGGAGGUCCCGCCCAGCGCGCGAGGCUUGGGGCGGUAGCCUGCAGCCCGAAGCACGCGAGGCUUGGGGCGGCAGCCGCGGGGGGGGGGGAAUAAUUUUUUUUAUUCAUUUCCCCCCCAAAAAACGAGGUGCGUCCUAUGGACCGGUGCGUCCUAUAGAACGAAAAAUACGGUAACUACAUGUUGUUGCUUUUUUUUUGAGGAGGGGCAGAAUCUUACAAUAGGAAUUUAACAAUUCCCUGUAUGUUUACUUGGAAGCAAGUCCCACUGAGUUCAGUAGGGCUUAGUUUCUAGUAAUACCGCCUCUCCUGGUAUGCCCCAUGGAGGAUCUUAAGAUCCAUAAAUAGCAACACCCUAGAGGUCCCGGGCCCUAAGGAAGUUAGAUUAGCCUCAACCAGAGCCAGGGCCUUCUCAACACUGGCCCUGGCCUGGUGGAACACUCUGCCUCAUGAGACCAGGGCCCGGCAGGAUCUGAUUUCUUUCUGCAGGGCCUGUAAGACAGAGUUGUUCCACCUGGCCUUUGGUUUAGAAUCAGUUUGAUUCCCUCCCCCUUUCUUUUUCCUUUCUCCUCCUGUGAAGAGGCUGCAUCCUAAUGUUUUAAUGUUGUAUUUUAAUCUUGUUUUUUAAAUUGUAUUUUAAUCAACUUGUUUUUAUUAUUGGUUGUUAGCCGCCCUGAGCCCGGUCUUGGCUGGGGAGGGCGGGGUAUAAAUAUUAUUAUUAUUAUUAAUACGUUUAGAAUUGCAGUCUAAUAUAUCCAAAUGUGUUUAUUUUUCUAGCAAGGAAAUAUGAUCACCAGCAGCAACCGCAGAAGCAGACUGAUAGUGUACAGCUAUUGGUGGAAUGAAGUCUGGAAGCUCUGAAGCUGAGAGGAUGACGGAAAGUUUGGGAUGUAGUCAUUUUCAAUGCGACUUGAAUAGUAUAGUGAUUUGUAUUCGUAAUUAUUGCCUUGAGAAGACGUAUGUAAAUGUACAGCGAGCAUUUUCUGAAAUUGGGAAAAUUAACAUGGCUGAUACAUAUUGGUCCUGUUUCCCAGUUUGCAUUACAAAUGAUUUCCAGUAAAAAUAGGAGUAGAUAAAGUUAAAGCAGGGCUGCUGGGACGUUCAGUGUGGGUAUCACAGCUAUUCCCAUUCAGAAGGGAUGAGAAAGGCACAUGACAUUUGAUGUGCCCCAGUGCGGUUAAUAAAGUAGUUGGUGCUGGCAGAAAACAGAAUAUAUACUUAUAGGCUCACAAUAAAUACCAAAUGCCCUGUUUGGGUUAUAGAAUAUAGAUGAAGAGAUAAAAAUAUUAGAAUGUACAAAUUUUCCUUUUUGACCUGGUAAACAGUAGUGGAUAAAACAAUAAGUAUUUAAGGAAGUCACUUAUUUUCAGGUGGAGGCUCUGCAGGGCAUGAAUAUUUUUUUUUAACCUGUUUUACUUGUCUUCCUGGUGUUUUCGUUAAUAUUGUUAAGUUCCAUUGUUGUUGCAGCUGCUGUUGUUUUUAAGCCAGGAUACUUCCAGUUAAAAUUACUUAGGAACACUGAACUCAGUGGAAUUAAGCUGUUUAGGCAGUUGUGCCUGGGUAGUCUGUGGUCCUAAUUAGAACUAAAAUAAACUUAAAAUGUUUCUGGAGAAAUGCCCAUUUGACUAAGUCAGUAGCAAAGCUGCAGUUCUUUAUGGGGUGAGCACAUUUUCUUAUUGGGUUGUUAAAUGGCACUUUAAUGCGGCACUGUUACAAAGAGGGUUACAUAGCUGGAGCACAAGGUAAUAAAACUGUUCUUAGCGAUUACAGCCAGAACUGCUUGGAAUCGAGAUCCACCUUUAAUGGUCAAUUAUAAAUGUAUUUGCAAAUAUGUCAGACAAAACGGAUUAUGAUGGAAUUAUGGAGUGAUUAGGUGAUGCAAAUAAUUUAUAUGUAGGUACUCAUAAAUAUUUGAAGAAAUGGGAAAAAAUUGCUCUAGGCACGUUUGAAAACAUAAAACGAAUUAAACAAUGAAAACGAAUUAAACAAUGAAUUGCAUCCCUAAGUAGGUGGCGACUUUCCAAUUAUGGUCAAAAAGAAAAAGAGCAGAUUAACAAAUUCCUGUCUAGUGUUAAAUAGCCAUUUCCAACACUUGUCAAAUUUUUUUUGUUUAUGCCCCACGUCUCCUGAACUGCUGUCCUGUGCAUAAAAAACUUCUAGGAAAGUAAUGUGCUCAAGUAUCUGAUCACAGCCAAAGUUCCUUAUUCUCCCUUCCACUUCCAAUAGCAUUUCUGGUGUGAAAGUUUAAUGCUUUGGCUGUAGUGAGAAACUAUUCAAAGAGUUUCCUAUUUGGACUGCAGAUGGAGUUCAGUAGUCCAUCCUUCUAUACUUGGGAUUUGGUCUCUUAUUAUAUCAUCACGACCCCUCUUUGUGAUUCUUUGCAGAUUUCCUACAUUUGCAGCACAGACUAGUGGGGAUGAGCUUUUUAUUUCAACAAGUGUAAUCAAUCAGAUGAGCAGUUUAAGGGCUGAUGUUCACAUCAUGUUGGGGCAGCUUUUUGUAGAUAUAAAAGUUAUCCCCAGAUCUGCAUUUCUGGGUGCUAUAUCGUGGGAGCUUGGCGCUUGCCAAUCUUGGCUGUAGCGACUUCAGUGAUUGUGUAGUAACAACAAAAAGGAAAGUGAAUCAAGUGAAUUUCUUAUGCUGUAUGUGUAUGAGGAACCCAAGUACGUCCUAGUGCAGGCAUAGGCAAACUCGGCCCUGCAGAUGUUUUGGGACUACAACUGCCAUCAUCCCUGACCACUGGUCCUGUUAGCUAGGGAUGAUGGGAGUUGUAGGCCCAAAACAUCUGGAGGGCCGAGUUUGCCAAUGCCUGCCCUAGUGUAUCACUUGUGAAUAUACAACUACAUAGUAUUAUUGUAAUAUAAUGUAUCGCUUCCAUUGGACUGUCUGGUACUAUUGUGCCCUGGGUAGCAGCUGUACACUUGCCCUUGCAAAAUGCUCCCGUACUUUCAGUGUAUAAAAUGUUUUUGUAUUUUAUUUUUAACAGUAAAAUGCAUUUAAAGUUGGGUCUGUGUGAAGCUUAUUUUUCCUGAGCGAACAGCAUUUUGAUGGGUAACAUGCAUGUAAGUUUUAAAAUAUAUUUCUUACAAGGAUGCACGUUAAGAAUUAUUUAUCAGACCUAAUAUCUAGUGAGGGAUGCGGGUGGUGCUGUGGGUUAAACCACAAUGCCUAGGACUUGCCGAUCAGAAGGUCGGCGGGUCGAAUCCCUGCGACAGGGUGAUCUCCCGUUCCUCGGUCCCUGCUCCUGCCAACCUAGCAGUUCGAAAGCACGUCAAAAGUGCAAGUAGAUAAAUAGGUACCGCUCCGGCGGGAAGGUAAACGGCGUUUCCGUGCGCUGCUCUGGUUCACCAGAAGUGGCUUAGUCAUGCUGGCCACAUGACCCGGAAGCUGUACGCCAGCUGCCUUGGCCAAUAAAGCGAGAUGAGUGCCGCAACCCCAGAGUCGGCCACGACUGGACCUAAUAGUCAGGGGUCCCUUUACCUUUACCCUUUACUCCCGCCAGGUUCUGAAGGCUUGCGAAUAGGAGCCUGUUCUGGGGGCUGGGGUCGGGGGAAGCUUGGGCCUGGAGGGGGAAAAUAAUCCCCCCCUUUAUUCCCCCCUGAAAAAAACUAGGUGCGCCCUAUGGGCCGGUGCGCCCUAUAGAGCGAAAAAUACAGUAUAUAAAGCAUACUGGGGGAACCUCCAUUCCUCAUCACCACUAUGAGCUGAAUAAAGAGAAUGAAAUCUUUUCCAGGGAAUCUUCUCUUCUCAUGAGGUGGCCAAAGUAUUGGAGCCUCGGCUUCACGAUCUGUCCUUCCAGUGAGCACUCAGGGCUGAUUUCCUUCAGAAUGGAUACGUUUGAUCUUCCUGCAGUCCAUGGGACUCUCAAGAGUCUCCUCCAGCACCAUAAUUCCAAAGCAUCAAUUCUUCGGCGAUCAGCCUUCUUUAUGGUCCAGCUCUCGCUUCUAUAGAUCACUACUGGGAAAACCAUAGCUUUGACUAUACGGACCUUUGUCGGCAAGGUGAUGUCUCUGCUUUUUAGGAUGCUGUCUAGGUUUGUUGGAUGGACAUAAUAAUAAUAAUAAUAAUAAUAAUUUUAUUAUUUUAUUUAUACAAAUAAACCACCUCCAAGCUCUUAUCCGCGCCAAACCAGGCUCCGGGGAACCUAUCCGUGUCCCCCCCCCCCCAAAAAAAACCAGAAGCACCCAGGUGGCGGGGUGUUACCCCAUUCGUCCUCCGUGGUUCUUCCGCUUCCGGCGGCGCUUUCCUAUUUCCCCCCCCCAAAAAAAACCGCGAUCUUAUUUUCCUGGUGCACAUCCGGGUCCUCGCCGGCGUGCUUAGCGCCCGUUGUGUAGGAGAGCGGGCGGGCGCGCGGGCGCGUGACACACACAGAGAGAGCGAGGCUGAGAGAGGAGGCGGGCGGGCAGGCGAGGCGCCGGGUCUGCAGAGCGCGUGGCUGGACGGUGAGUGAAGAGAGCGGGCGGGCGGGCGCGAGCGCGCGUGUGUGUGGAGACGGCGGCUGUGUGGAGACGCGGUCGGUCGGUGGGUCGGUCGGGCCGCGUCCCGGUCACGGUGACCCGAAGAAGUCAUGCAGGCUUGGGACCGCCGCCGCCGCCGCAGCGGCCUCCCCGACCCCCCCGCCCCGCGCCAGCCGCUUUCCUUUCCCCCUUCACGUGUCGAGGCUGAGACCCGCGCGUCUCGUGUGAAUGGCGAGCGGCGCGGGGAGAAGGCGUGUGAGGGGGCCGGGAAGCGGGGUGGGGGUGGGGGAGAAGAAACCACAGCCACCCCCACCGAAUAAAAAACGGAAUAACGCCUCACCUGCCCCGUUGAAGCCAGGUGCACAUCCCCUCCACGAAGGUUUGCGUGUCGCUUCUCUCCCUUCCUCGGUUUGAAGAGAACUUUUUUAUGUCAGUUGCUUGACUCGCCGGCCAGGAUGCACCACAUGCAGCCCUUUCCCGCCCCCUUCCUCCCCCCCCCCAAAAAAGUUCAACUGUUAUCACUGUUUUUUACCUUUGGGUGAAAUGUCCCCUGGUUGUCCUGUCUGGCUGGGACGGAGUCCCUUCUUCAAAGUCAGCUCAUACCCAGCGUCGAGGUUGUAUCGACUAUUCUCUCUCUGUGUUUGUUUGUUUGUUUGAUUGAUGGAUUCCCCUUUUCGUCUUGCAGCAGCAGCAGCAGAGAUAAUCUCAUUUAUGUUUGUUCCAUUUCUCAAGUUUCAUAAAAUGAGAGGCAAAAAGAGAUGAUAGGUGGGAACUGAAGGGGGUUUUUCUGGUCAGACAACCUUGGGAGACUGCUUAGCUAAGCAUCCCUGCACUAAGUGACUCGUUUUCUGUUAAUCUUAUGUAUGAUCCAAAGCAUGUUUGUUUAAAAUUAAGGGCACGUUACUUCAUCCAGGAUUUUAAAUGCCUACGGUCAGAGUUAUAGCCCUAUUCCCUCCCCCCCCCCCGCUCUUCUCCAUAAGGCAGUCAGGCCAACAUUUGCUAUAAAAAGGUACCUAAAUUGUUGAGGAAGUGGUACACUGCUGUAUCUGGGAGGGGUUGUUGUACGUAAAGUAGAAAGUGGGCAUGCCUGAACUAUUCCUGUGCUGCUUUGUAAAGAUAAUAUUUUUUAUUUUAUUUUAAGCAUUGUUUCCAUGUUAUGUGACUGGACAGGCCAGGCUAGGCUUGAUGUUAGUUAUGUGGCUAGCUUUGGCAUGCAUGAGUUUUAAGACAUAAAUACCCACCAAUGGGAGCUUUUCUGCCCAUGCCAUUGUUCCAAUCUGAUUUAGCCCUGCACUGAUUAUUUAUGUCAAACUAUGCACAACAUUACUAACCACUAACAAUAUCUAGUUAGGCCCUAAGAUAUACAGUGGUACCUCGGGUUACAUACGCUUCAGGUUACAUACGCUUCAGGUUACAGACUCCGCUAACCCAGAAAUAGUACCUCAGGUUAAAGACUUUGCUUCAGGAUGAGAACAGAAAUCGUGCUCUGGCGGCGUGGCAGCAGCAGAAGGCCCCAUUAGCUAAAGUGGUGCUUCAGGUUAAGAACAGUUUCAGGUUAAGAACGGACCUCCGGAACGAAUUAAGUACUUAAACCGAGGUACCACUGUAUUUACAAAGAGGUUCAGACGUGCAGUUAUUACUGUGUUCCCCUUUAAGGUUCCUGCCUUAUUUGAAGGACACACAAAAUAAUACUUCAUUCCUAACUACACUUACCUGGAAGUAAGUCCCAUUGAAUUAAGUAGGACUUCUGAGUAGGAUUGCACUGUAAGGAAAGUUUGUAGGCAGUUCUUCCUUUCUCUGUGCCUGAAGACCUAUUUUAUGUGUCAUGGCCGAGUCUUUUAUAGACAAGUUUCAGCUAAUAUUUUUGGGUGGGUCCUGAAAGUACUUUUGUAGGCAUGUUGGCACAUGGACAUUGUAAAGCUCAAUACCUUUUACAUGCAUAAACAUAAGGGAAAUGAAUAAUGUCUAAAGUACAAUACAUUGCAAUACUUGUAGUUAUCUAUGCUGAAUCAAAUAUCUUGGUUGAAGAGGGCAAAAGAGCAACAGGUUAUAUCUAAGGCAAACUGGAGUGGCUGUUUAACAGGCAUUUUGGGAAUGCUAAGUAUGUAACAAAAGUAAUAAUAUGGAAGAUAUGUGGUCAUUCACAUCCAUUAAAAGCUUAUGGCAACAUUUUAUUGAUGGCUCUGCAUUGUCGUGCAGCUAGGCACAUGACUGAAGAGCAACUGACCAUUGUUAAAUAAAUAUGCAAGUGGUGAUGAGUGUGGUAGGUCCUCAUUGACCUCAAAUUAUAGAAGGUGCUUGUGUGAAGCCUCCUGAAUCUGUUCAGGCUGCCUGCAUGUUCUUCAGCCUUGAUUUUCCAAACAGUUUCAGAAUGUCCCUCAUUUUUGAUCAGUCAUUAAAUUUCCAUCUGUUCCCACCAUGAAUCCCACUCUUAGUGUGAUUCCAGUGUGUUCCAGGAAGACUUAACUUUGCACUACGGUUAGAAUACUGCUUUUUGUAGGCUGGGAGGGAAUGGGAUAGCAGCAGUAAAUAAUAUCUUAAUAUUUAGCCCACCUCUGCCUCUGUUGGUCUUGCAUUGCUGGUACAGGCAUUGUUUCACAGUUUGCCCUUUGGCUUGUGCCAAGUGUGCUUCCUUUAGGUUAUCUAGCGGGGAGAAGAGAUAGAGCAACCUAGUGAAGAGCCACAGGCAGCUAUGGGUAUGCAGUCAUUGACCACACAAGAGGAUAAGAGUACUAUGUAUUUGCAUUAUCUAUGUGAAAUUUCACAAUAUUUUAACUUCAGGGUGGCAGUGGCUUCAUAUUUCACCGGAGAUAACUUUUAAAGACACACAACUUUGUCUUCAAUUUCCUGCCACUGAGCUGGUAAGAUUUUGCUGCUACCCGUAACCCCUGUGCUUUGGAUAUACAGUGGUACCUUGGGUUACAUACGCUUCAGGUUACAGACUCUGCUAACCCAGAAAUAGUGCUUCAGGUUAAGAACUUUGCUUCAGGAUGAGAACAGAAAUCGUGCUCCGGCAGUGUGGCAGCAGUGGGAGGCCCCAUUAGCUAAAGUGGUGCUUCAGGUUAAGAACAGUUUCAGGUUAAGUAUGGACCUCCGGAACGAAUUAAGUACUUAACCCGAGGUACCACUGUAUCAAGUAUUAUCGGCAGAGACAAAGAAAGCUACCUAUUACCUCAAAGGGCAGUCCUGACUCUGUUUGGUCCUGGGACAAGUUUAAGGUUUUGUUGCUGACUUAAUAAAACAUUGAAUAGUUUUGGACCUGGUUUUCUGUUCAUCUAAAAUAGUAUUUGUUCACCCAGGCCUUAACUGGUCAUUGAAACCAGUGCCAUUAAGAAUUUUCUAGCGACUGUGAUUGUUAUUGGCUUUAAUGUAUUUAUUGGAUUUUAACAUCCUGCUUUUAUUGUUGUGUUUUAAAUUUUCCUGGAACUUUUAAUGAAGUGUGGUAUUACCUGCCAAUAAUAAACUAGUGUGGUUGCAGAUAGUCAAGACACCAUCUGUGAGGAGAUGAGGGAAAAUGUUUGCUGAAUGGUGUUCUUUGCCCAUUUCUAUGUGUGAUGUUGGUGCUAGAGUAGUAUGAUGAUUUGGACAUGAAUUCUGUUCUUUCUUUCCAUCCAACAUAUCUACACAAGUCAGUUGUGAGGAGAAAAUGGCAAGAGAGGGGUGUUUUAUGCAUGCUUCUCUGAAAUCCUUUGGGCACAAGCUUGUUUCAAAGGUGAAAAACAAUAGAUUAGUGACUGGUUUUGGGUGCUUCUUGCUGUGCUGGAUUGCAACAUGGGUCACCAUUAGUUCCUAUAAUUCUUGAUUACAUUUAGAAAAACAGUGGCUGAAUCCUGAAAGUGACCAGUGUAUAAGGGGAUAUCUCAUUAAGAGAUUUAAAUUUCAGGUGAGAUACAAGAUGUUAGACUGAUAUCCUUAACUGAGUUUGUUACUUGCCUCAUUGGUAAAAGAGAAUGUGGCAAACAUUUGUGAUUCAAUGAACAAUUCAGGCAGAAUGCAAAAGCAUGGGUUACUUCUCAGUUCUAUACACAUAAAAAGAUGGAUAAAACAAGCACUAAUUUCAGGUGCAGUAUUAUUCCAGUCAUAUCACAAGGUUCAUGCCAUACUGCUGGGCUUCUAGUAAUAGCCUAUUAUUCGUUUAAUGGCUCCUGCACAGAGUUUCCUUUAUAGGGCAAAUACUGAAAGACAUUAUAGCUGCAGUGGGUGGAAGGAAAUGUUCGGAUAGAAGUGCGGUAACAAGUCUGAUAGUUUGUGAUUGUUCAGUUGCUUCCAGUUAUUGUAUACCCGUAUGAGUGACUGAAAUAAGCAGACCGAAGCUUUGCUACUGCCUUAGUGAAUAUGUUGAACUAUGGUAGAUUUACCAGCAUGCUCUGCAUCUAUCACUGUUUAUGUCUUGUUUAUCAAGGUUGUUGUGGUGAUCUAACAAUGUUUUGCAUACAGGCUAAAAAACAUUUUCCCAUUUAAUGUACCAGAAAAGCUCUGAAGUUUUAAUUAGAUCCUUGUAUCCUUUUCCAUUUAUAAGAGUUUACCUUAUAAGUUAUGUUCUUUAUCUCUAGGGCUGGUAUAGUGGUAGCUGUUCAUCUCUUGAAUGCCAUUAUUAUUAUUAUUAUUAUUAUUAAUUUAUUUAAUUAAUUUCUAUACCACUUUAUAUUUUUAAGAAAAAUCUCAAAGCAGUUUACAGCAUAUUAAAUUGAUAAAACAUAAAUAAAACAAUCUUAAGAAAGUCAAAUAUAAAAUAUACAGUCAAAGCAACAUAGCAGAAAACUAAAAUAUCUUAAAGAUUUCAAAAUAAAACAAAUGCAGUGGUGGCGAUGUAGAGAGGAAGGGAUUUUGCCUCAGCGCUAAUGUUAAUUAAUUUUGUUCUUUAUAAUUAUUGUGCUUUGAGGGCUGUUGAAAGAGAAGGCAAAUGAGGGGCAAUGCUAGUGAAUGAGAGACCAUUUGCUGAAAUGCACCGAAAUUGGGUAAGCAGUUCUUGGCAUUGCUGAAAAUCUUCAUUUGAAAACUGAAUAGUUUUAGUUCAGAUGAGCUGAAAACACUAAAUCUAAUCUCUGUAGCUGAUUAUCAUCCCCUCAGUACUCAUCUGAUGGUUGGAGCGCCCUGUUCUAUGGGGUCUUGCUGAUAGUGAUCAAAGGCUAAGCCCAUACGCCAGAGGCAAAUGUGUACACCAAAUUCUUUUGGGGGUGUUGACCUCCAGUGAGCCAUAUUCAGAAGUAUUACUUGGCUAGGCAUACUAUAGAUGCUGAUCUGGGAUUGCAUUAUAAGGAGCGGAGCAGAGGAUCAGACUGGGCCCCAAAGGCCUGGCGGAACAGCUCCGUCUUGCAGGCUCUGUGGAAAGAUGUCAAAUUCCGCAGGACCCUGAUCUCUUGCAACAGAGCGUUCCACCAGUUCGGGGCAGGGCUGAAAAGGCCCUGGCCCUGGCCGAGACCAGUCUAACCUCCUUGAGGCCCAGGACUUCCAAGAUGUUAUUGUUUGCAGGGCAUACAGGAGAGGCGGUCCCAUAAGUAUAAGGGUCCUAGGCCGUAUAGGGCUUUAAAGGUUUAAACCAGCACCGUAAACCUGACCCUGUAUGCCACUGGGAGCCAGUGCAGGUGGUAUAGCACUGGAUAAAUGUGAUCCCACGGCGAGGACCCCAUAAGAGCCUUGCCGCGGCGUUUUGCACCCGUUGGAGUUUCUGCGUCAGCUUCAAGGACAGCCCCGCAUAGAGCGAAUUACAAUAAUCGAGCCUAGAGGUGACCGUUGCAUGGAUCACUGUGGCAAGAUCAGGGUGGGAAAGGUAAGGGACCAACUGUUUAGCACAGCAGAGGUGGAAAAAUGCCACCUUUGCUGUAGCUGCAACCUGCGCCUCCAUAGAAAGGGAAGUGUCGAAGGUUACACCCAGACUCAUGGCAGAAGGUGCUGGCACCAAUUGAGCCCCCGUAAGAGAUGGGAGUUGGUCCCCCAACCCCAUGUCAUCCCGACCCAGCCAGAGGACCUCUGUCUUCGAAGGAUUUAACUUCAACCGGCUCCCAAACAACCAUCCAGCCACAGCUUCCAAACAUCUGGUCAGUGUGUCUGGGGCCGAGUCAGGGUGGCCAUCCAUCAACAGAUAAAGUUGGGUGUCAUCAGCGUAUUGAUGACAGCCCAGCCCUAAACUCCAGACAAGCUGGGCAGGGGUGCAUAAAGAUGUUUAAAAGCACCAGGGAGAGGAUUGCGCCCUAUGGCACUCGACACACCAAGGGGUGCCGGGACAACUCCUCCUCCCCUAGUGCCACCCUCUGUCCCCGACCUGAAAGGAAAGAGUGCAGUCAUUGUAAGACUGUGCCCUGAAUACUCAUGUUGGCAAGGCGGUGGUCCAAAAGUUUGUGGUCAACCAUGUUGAAGGCUGCUGACAGAUCUAAAAGAAUCAGCAGUCCUGACCCACCUCGAUCCAGCCGCCCACGGAGGUUGUCUGUUAGGGUAACCAGAGCCAUCUCGGUCUCAUAACCAGGGCGAAAGCUGGACUGAAAUGGAUCCAUUAUGAAGUAGUCAUUAAGCUGUGGCAUAUUUGAUUCCUGCAUUGCCUGAAAUAUUUGCAGAAAAAUAAUGCAAGCUCUCAAACUGACACACAUUCAAUAAAUAGCCUCCUGAACCCCCCCCCCCCUUUGAGCUGCUGUUUCCUUAUAAUGUGAAUAUCAUACAAGUAACUGCAGGACAAAAUGGUGGGGCAAGAUGUUACAUAAGGAAUGGAAUGAGUUGAAGGAUCAACCAUUUCUGAAGCAUGUCUAUAAAUUGCCAAAAGUGAUGCGGGACUUUUAUUUUUCUGUAGAAAGUUUUCCAGUUUCAGAACUUCAUUGUUAGAUAACAUUAAUUAGUAACAUGUUGAACACAAGGUCAACUUGGGAAGCUGGAAUGUAUGCAGGACAUAACAGUCUGAAAUCAAUCUUAUAGAGUUGUGUCCAACUAAGUUUUACUAAGAGUAGACCCAUUAAAAUUAAUGGGCACCAGUUAUUUAUGUUAUUAUUUUCAGUGGAAAAGCAGGUGGCACUGUGGUCUGAACCACUGAGCCUCUUGGGCUUGCUGAUCAUAAGGUCGGCGGUGCGAAUCCGCACAAUGCAGUGAACUCCCAUUGCUUUGUCCCAGCUCCUGCCAACCUAGCAGUUCAAAAGCAUACCAGUGUAAGUAGAUAAAUAGGUGCCGCUAAAUAGGUUUAGUCAUGCUAGCCACAUGACCUGGAAAGUUGUCUGCGGACAAAUGCCGGCUCCCUUGGCCUGAAAUGAGUGCUGCACCCCAUAGUGGACUUCGAAUGGACUUAACCACCCAGGGGACCUUACCUUUACCUUUGCCUUACUCAGGGCUAGCACUGAUAGAAGCAAUAAUGUUUCCUUUCUCUCCCUCCCAUGACUAUUCUUAGGAAACAUGUAUUUAUGUGCACACCACUUCUAGCAUGUGAAAAUUAGUAUGUUAAUAGUUCCUCAGUCCUUAAAAUUGAAGUCUCCAAACCUGUGCUCACAUAACUGGGAGCAAUCCCCAUUUAACGUGCAAGUAGACAUGUAUAGGGACGCAGGUGGCACUGUGGUCUAAACCACUGAGCCUAGGGCUUGCCGAUCGGAAGGUCGGCGGUUCGAAUCCCUGUGACGGGGUGAGCUCCCGUUGCUCAGUCCCAGUUCCUGCCAGCCUAGCAGUUUGAAAGCAUGUGAAAGUGCAAGUAGAUAAAUAGGUACCACUCCAGCAGGAAAGUAAACGGCGUUUCCAUGUGCUGCUCUGGUUUCGCCAGAAGCGGCUUAGUCAUGCUGGCCACAUGACCCGGAAAAACUGUCUGCGGACAAACACCAGCUCCCUCGGCCAGUAAAGCAAGAUGAGCACCGCAACCCCAGAGUCGUUCGCGACUGGACUUAACUGUCAGGGGUCCUUUACCUUUUAGACAUGUAUAGCAUUGCACUGCAACUAAUAUAUGAAAUGGUAUGCUAUUAGGUUGUCAUAUCCUAAAAUACCUGCAGGUAUUCCAACUAUUUUUAACUCAGUACCAUAUUUGCUGUAUUGUAAGCUAUUUUAUAAGCAUGUGUGGCCUUGGAAAGCUGGAUAUGAAUACAUUAAUAAAUUUCCAAGCUUUGAACUUGUCAACAUAAGCACAACGGCUCAGAUCCUAAGUUUUUUAUUUUGUGAAUGGUGAUUUUUGCCAGUUUCUCCCAGCAGCACCUUUCACACAGUUCUGGAGGUACCUCAGCCCUUUCUGAAGAUGAAAAGGGCUGCAGGAAGGAGGGUGAAAUAACUGAAAUUGCUCUUCCUUCUUCUCUGUUUGUGGAGCUGUCUGCUGGAUCACGAUGCACAAUUGAUUUGAAACCAAUGGAUCUGUGGCACUGACACCUUUUUUUCCUAGAGGAAAGGCACUGGUUAAAGGUGUAGCAACUUCAUGUUGAGUACCAGUGCCAUUUUUUUUCUAGAAGAAAAGCACUGAUUGUAAGCAUGCCUUGUAAGGACUGUCUUAACUGUUGAUCUUUGUAAGCAGUUUGGGAACUUUUAUAGCUGGGUAUUUUUUUUUAUAAUUGGCUAACGUAAAUAUAAAAAAAGCUUUCUAACCUUCAUGUUACUUAAUUUUUACUGGAUGAAUGAUUCUCAUUUGGAAUAUAUAUAUAUAUAAUCACACAUUCACACCAGAUUUUCUGGAAGAAUUUGUUGCAGAGUGGUGCAGGGGAUUGAUCAUUAUUUUCCUGGAAGGCUGCCUAGUCCUUUGAAAAGGAUAGCAUGAAAUCUCAGUAUAAAUAAAUUAUAAGUAAUUGCCUAAAACCUAUGAAGAACAGCUUUUCUAGUCAUGACUUUGUCUUCUAUCACAAAUUGAUGUUUCAGGGUUAUGAUUCCAAAAGAUACAAAUUUGUUUCAUAAUUAGGCAAUGAGAAACAAAAUAUAUAUCCUAACAUGGAGUUAGAAGCUUAAAGUAGAACUAUAAAUAGUGUUAUCCUCAACACUUUUAAACUAUUAAAAUGAUAUGGUUUCUAUCACUGGCUGCUGAACAAAGGUGCUGGUGUGGGGACUUUUGGGUGUUGGGUAUUAGCUGACACAGUGAAUGAAUUUGUCUUGAACUGUACUCUUGUAAUCUGAACUAAGGAGUUGCUGUAAAUCUUGUGAGAAUAUGGGGUAUCUGACGCCCAAUAUCUUAAAAGGCAUUUUGCUCAUUCCAUGACAGGUCCCCUUAAUUCCACGUUUAUGUUUCCAUAAAAUGCAUUGGAGUGUAUUCGGUCAGGUCCAGUUGAUCCAAAGUGGUCCUUUCAUUUUGAAUGGCCAUCAUUAUAUCUAUGACAUAAGUUUCGCCUUGUAGGACACUGGAGGAACUUAUGCUUUAGGACUGCAGUGGAGCUAUCCCUACACCUUUAACAGUAGUGUGGUUGCUUUAAAGACAGAGGAUGAAGAAACAGCCCUUGUUACAAUAAUGAUAGCCUUGCAGGAGCGGGAAAUGAUAGCUACUUCUUUUUGGGGAGUUGCUUGAGGAGGGACACAGCACUGAUUGAUUGAUUGCUAUUAUAGCCUAUUUCAUACCAAGGGUUUGGAUUGGGCAAGGAAACAGUACAUUUAAUCUAACAAAAAAUUGACUAGGAAAGGUCUUUUGAAAGAUACGUCAAGUCUCAAGGAGGAGAGUAUUCUUAAGUUGCAUGACAGCCACUAAGGUUUCUUCAUUAUGCACUAGAACUCAUCUGCCUAUAAAAGUUUUAAAACAGAAGAAGAGCCCUGCUGGUUCAGACCAAAGACCCAGUUAGUUCUGGCAUCCUCGGGGAAACUCCAAAUCUGGUCAUUAAAGUAUUAACUCUUUAUUGGUCCCCAGCAACUGGUAUUCAAUGGCUUAUACUGAAUGGGUGUUGUGUAUAGCCACUGAGGAUGAGCCAGUGAGGACACUGAUGCACCCAUCUUUCUUACAGCUUAAAGCCAACUUAAGCUGUUGGCCAUUGCCACAUAAUGUGAUAGUGAAUCAUAAAUUCCAUAUUGUGUGAGGCUGUAUUUGCCUUUGUCCAGCAGAUUCUGAUCAGACAAUUUUAUUGCUUCAGGAUGAGAACAGAAAUCAUGCACCAGCGGCACGCCGGCAGCAGGAGGCCCCAUUAGCUAAAGUGGUACCUCAGGUUAAGAACAGUUUCAGGUUAAGAAUGGACCUCCGAAACGAAUUAAGUACUUAACCCGAGGUACCACUGUAUUUAGCCUUUCCUUAUAGGGAGUGUCUUUUAUGCUCUUGAUCCUUUUGGUUAUCCUUAUCUGCAUCUCUACCAGCUCUCUAAUAUCCCUUUUUAAAUGAGGACAACCAGAAUGCUACAUGGUAUUUUAAAGGAGUAGCAUCAUAGAAUUAUAUAAAGGUACUACAAUACUAGCUUCUUUUUCCUUAAUAAUUCCUAACAUUGAGUUUGGCUUUUUCAUUGCUGCUGUACACUGAGAUGAUGUUACAUGGAGCUAUCCACCAUGACUUCAGGAUCUAUUUCUUGUUUAAACCUGCCAGUUCAGUUCCUGUUACUGAAUAUAUGAUGUUUGGGUUUAUUUAUUUUUUACCCUGAUGUUUAUCACUUUACACACACCAAUCAGUCUCCUUUGCCAUCUUGUUGCUCAGUUUAGAUGUAGCAUUUUAGAAUGGAGUGCUUAAAUUUUCAUCACCUUGAAUUAUUUGGAGUCAUUCACAAACUUGGAUACAUCACUUUUCAUUCCUAAUGCCAAAUCGUUGACAAAUUUUAAGUGGAACCUGUCCCAAUAAAGAUCACACUGUUCAGUUCUCACCAUUGUGAGAAUUUAUCAAUAAGCUCUGAUUCCUGUUGUUUAACCCUAAUACAGAAAACCCACCCCUGUGUCCCUGUGUCUUCUAAUUUUACUUAGUAGUCUUUGGAAGUCCAAAAUAUAAAAUGUCUGCUGCACAUGUGGGCAGCUAUUGGGCUGCAUGUGGUUCUCAGACCUCCCAUUUAUCUUUCAGUGGGUGCCAAAGCUGCUUGCUUCUCAAUCAGUGGAGAAGUAGAUCAAACAAAAAAGGAUGAAAUCCUCUUCUGGAAGGCAGGGGAGCCAGAAGAGCAGAGAAUCAUUCUCAAGUCCUGACUUUUUAUUGUUUGUUCGGAGAGCAGGAUUAAUUAUUGGCUCCUGAAUGUUAUCCCUGUGUACAGGGGUGGUUCUUGAUCUUUUUUGAAGUGUUUUGGAUUUAUUAUUUGGUUUUAUUCUGAAGGUGCUCCUGAGGAGCUGUUUCUCUGUCCUAGUCCCUCUGUCAAGUCUUUAGCUAGAGUGGCAGGACUCCUAGAGAGGUGAGUAGCUGGAGGAGCCCAAAAACACAGGAAGGGUGGCUCAGAGACGCAGCUUUGCAUUUGAAGUUGCUGGGAACCUUCCCAGGCCCCUUGUAUUCUUUUCUCUAGCAUUUUGAGUGUCUGAUGCAGUUAAAGCAUGCGAGAAAAGCAGCCAAUCAUCCCACAGUACCCAGGGAGUGGGGAAUGGAAGGGUGGUAGGACUUUGGAUCAACUUUCUUUAUUCUGCUCACUGAAACAUGCAUGUCCUUUCUUCUAGCUGGCCAUUAAUACGUUCUUAUAGUUUUGACCCUGCUUUCUGGAAGAGGAUUUAACUCUUCCCUGUAUACUCCACACUCUGCUGAUCAGAAGAAUACUCCUCACCAAGUUCAACUUUUCAUAGCUGCUGAAUUUACCCCCUUCACACAUCUAAUUUUGCUGCUUGAAGGGGAGUGUCAUGUAAAUUGUGUUCUACAUAGCCUGCCUAACAGCUCCCUUUAGUCUUCCAUUCUUCCUGCCUGGGUGGAGAGCACUCUACCCUUCUUCAUCCCAGCAGGGAUAGAUUUUGAAAGCAAGAAUUAUGCUGGAAUCAAACCAGCAAAAUUCCUGUUUUCAGAGGACUUCCCCACCCCACCCCUGCUGCGGUGGAGAGGACUCUGACCUUCUAUGCCCUAGUGCAGUGAGACUUCCCUGUAUUCAAAAGAUAUGUGAGUGCAUGCACCCACACUAUAGCUACUGGCAUGCAGCUCCUGAGUGUCCAACUAUCAAUGUACAUAGCCUUGGGGAGGGGGAAAGGUUGCCCACCCUUGGUCCACUGGAUAUCCCUUAUGCAGAGGCUUGUGGGCACUCUCCAAGAACUCUAGAAGGCUGUUGAGGGAUAACUUUUCAUUUACAGAUGCAGUGCUGAUUUUCAGCAAGUCUUAUGGCUAUCCAUCAUUUUUUCCAGGAACCAAAUAUAAGCUAACUGGAUGAAUUUGUUACUUUGGUUACUUUUAUGCUCUGGUAUGGCGGUACUUUUAGAGACACGUUGCAUAUUUUUGUUAGAUUAAUUUCACAUUUGAAUUCUUUCAGAACUAUUGGACAGAUGCCAUCCAGACCUAGCAAUUUGAUGUUGCUACUUAACUCAGUUUUUCAGAUGCUGUUUCUGAAACAAACAUGUUCAGGCAUCUGCCUUGUAGCUUUUUCGUCUUUGGCAUCCAAUGAUCAGGUUCCUAGGCCGCAUUCUUUUUUCUUCUUUACCUUUUUAAAGUUUCGUUGUGAGUUUCAGUGGUUUUCAAAAGCUCUCUUUGGAAUCUUUUUGCUUCCCUUAUCAACUUGCACUUGUUUUGCCAGUUUUGUGUUCUUUGUUCUCCUCAUUUGGGCAUGAAUUCCUUAAUUUGAAGGAAGCCUUCUUGCCUUUUAUCAGUUUCCCUAUUUUGCUUGCCAAACACACCUGCUUCUUCCUGGGUUUGUUGCUACCUAAUCUGUUAUAUGCCCUGUUAGUGAGACUUCUGUUACUGUGGUUUUAAAUGAUCUCUAAGCAUCUUGGAGAGAAUUGGCUUUCCUAACCCUCCCUUUCAACUUCCUUUUUCAUUAAUAUAUAUUUUUUAGCAACUUUAUCCUUUUGGGGGGGAAAACAAUUGUGUUGAUUGGUCUGUAUUAUUACUGUGCUUGCUUGGGACAUGCAUCAGGAAAAUAGGCUCAGUGAUUAAAAAAUAACAUCCCAACAUACAUGAAGCAGCAAUGUCAGCUAUAUGCUUGACUGCAUUCUGAAGGCCUGGGUAACCAAAAUAUUUGUUUGCUAUCAUAAACCUUUCUGUAAUGUAUGUUCUGUCUGAACACAUCAGAUGGAGGUCAGGCAUGGAUUCUUAGCAUCAGGGUAAAUCCAGAAUGAUCAGAAGCUAUUCUGACACCAUGGCAAGUCUUCACUAGGCCAGAAAGCAAAGGGUUAGGAUGCAAAGUUGGGCACACACACCAAGACUUCAAAGUGUGGGUUGGGCAGAGUAGCUGCCUGACGGACUGCUCUCAAGGACCAGGCAAAAAUCCAGAAAAAGGGAGGGGACAGUGAGAUUCUCAGUCCAGUCAAAUGAGCAAAGAACACAGCGGUACAAGAUCAGUUUCAGCUUUGAAAAAACAAAAACCAGGGUGGCAUUUGAAAGGGAGAUUUCCAGCAGAACAAAAGGGCUGGGUUGUUGUGCUUUUCUGAAUAGGGGGUGGCUUCACUCUAAGUGUGUUUUGCUACCAACAGAUGUAUUGCUUGCAUUCGGAUAUGAGAGAUUUGUGGCCUUACUGGAUCUUAGCUCAAAGCAAAGAAAUCAGGAUCUGGAUUGCUGACCUUGUCUAGCUGAGUUUUCAGACAAGAUGUAGAAUGACUCAUGCGGAUAGUGUGGGGACAACAUGGAGGAAGUUUGGUGCUCUUUGGUAAUGCUUAGCAUCUUUCCAACUACGUAUGUGUUGAAUACUACAGUUCUAUGAGUCUAUGAAUGUACUUAAGAGUACAUUGCUGAUUGGUCCUGAAGGUCACGCUGUAGCAUUGGGGGAGAGAUGGAAUCUUACACAAAUUCAAAGAAUGCAUGCAUAAUUGAAGGAGACAUGUUAACAUGUAAUACUAAAACCGUGGUUUGGUGCUAUGUAAAUGAGCCUCAGUGGGUCCAAAUGAAGCAUUCAGUUUGCACACUUGUAUCUCCCCUUCCUUCACAUCCAGCUUAUUUUUAAAGAACCUUGAAUGAAUUUUGGAUUUAAGCCCGUGACCAUACUUUAAAACAACAAAUAAGCGUUAAAACCUGUAAUUUGAAAAUGACUUACUAUGUAGUUGACUAGUGUUUGUUUGAGUUUACAAAACUGGUUUUCAGCAUCACGUCUUUGAACUAAGCCAAGUGAAUUGAACUGCUGUAAAUCUGAAUUUGCAAAACAUAAGAGCUGACUUUAAAUUUGUUUUGGUCAUGUAGGGCAGUUGCCAUAACAUUUCUGAUGUUCACAGCUUUGUUUUUAGUUGUUUUGUUUUUAAAAAUUACAGUGGUGCCUCGCAAGACGAAAUUAAUCCGUUCCGCGAGAGUCUUCGUCUAGCGGUUUUUUCGUCUUGCGAAGCAACCCUAUUAGCGGCUUAACGGAUUAGUGCUAUUAGCGGUUUAGCGGCUUUUAAAGGCUUAAAGGCUUUGGGGAUUAGCUGCUAAAAGGCUAUUAAAGGCUUUUAAAGGCUUAUCAUUUUUGUUAAAUGGGGGGGAAAAUCGAAAAAAUUUUCUCAUGACUCGCUAGACUUUUUGGUCUUGCGAAGCAAGCCCAUAGGGGAAUUCGUCCUGCGAAGCAACUCAAAAACGGAAAACCCUUUCGUCUAGCGGGUUUUCCGUCUUGCGAGGCAUUCGUCUUGCGGGGCACCACUGUACUGCGAUGGCAGUUCUCUUCACUCUCCCUCUGUUAUGUCAAAGUGAUUGAAUAUUAGAACUAAAUUUCUGAGGCCAGGGUUUAGAGGAAAUACUUGCAACAAAGUAUUAGUUGGUUGACUACCCACCAGUAAUAACCCCAUCCUUAAUUUCUCAUAAUUAAGUAAAUUGAGGGUUAUCAAGCAAGAGGUUCAAGGUGAAGCUCAGCCUUUUCUUCCCACCCCAGCAAUUUUGUUACAUGUUACAUAUGUUCUGCAAGAUAGAAAUAUUGUUGCAAAACGAGGAAUGGAAGUUAAAAUUAUUGGAAUAUACACAAUUGGCAAGGAUGACAGGAUGAAUCAGAGACAAUACAGAACAAGCGUUUAAUAGAGAGUGGGACCCCUAUAUAAAAUAUCUUAAAGAAUAUUGUAAUAACGAGAAUUCCCUGACAGACUUGCAUUGAUUCCUGUAGAAACAUAUAUAACGUAAUUAUAUAUCGGAAAAACUUGGGAGUGUUAAGGAAAGUGUGGAAAAAAGAAAGAAUGAAACUUAGUACUCUCGAUGGUGUGGCUGGAAGUCAUAACUGAAAUUGUGAUGUAAGAAAUUAAUUUACUUUAUGUAAUCUGUUUUAUUAUUUGGUGUUUUUCUUUUAACAAUAAAGCAAAUUAAAAAAAGAAAAGAAAUAUUGUUGCAGAACAUAGUUUCAAAGCAGUGUCUCUGCCUACUGUAGGAAGGUUUCAGCUUAUCCAUCUUUCCUGCAUGGCAGUAAUAUUUCUGUGGACCUGAGUUAACUGAGGGUGUCCAAUAUCUUAUAAACUUGCUGGCCAUCAUGCUUUGUCCAAGCCAUGAUAAUUGCAGACAUUAGAUCCCUGCAGGAAAAGUGCUGUGCCUUGGAAGAAGGUUAAGGUUGCCGGAGCUCUCUCGUAAAAGCUUGUUAAAUGAGGUGACAAUUUUAUAUGCCACUUUUACACUUAGAAAAGAGGCUGUGUUUGAUGCUAGCGAGAGUGGGACUAUUUUCCUUCAUCUUUUUCCAUGGCAUAGAAACAGUAUGUAUACUAGAGUUCAUGUCCCUCAGUGGGUUUGCAUUUAAUAAUUGUCUUCAACAUGACUCACUUCCAAACUUACUGAUCCUCUCAUUUGAAAGGUGGGGCAUGUGAUACCUUUGGGAAGAAUACAUCAAAUAAGAAGCUGUAUUUUGGAUUGUAUGGAGCUUAACAUAUGCCAAAAUAAUAAUAAUAAAAAAUUCCUGUCACAGGAAUCGGAGGGAACAUAUUUUUUAAAAUGGCACUAGGGAGACUUCCAGAGAAAACCGGUGGCUAUUUAAGUGUGCCAUAUAAAGUCUGACUUCUUGAACCAUUUUUGUAUUGUCUUUUAAAAUGACAAUAACACUAAUAAAUUUAUUAUUUGUAAGUCACCCAUCUGAUGAGGCUGCCCCAGCCACUAUGGUGGCUCCCAACAGAAUAGUAAAAACAUGAUAAAACAUCAAACAUUAAAAACUUCCCUAAAAACGUCUGUAAAAGGCAAAUGCUUCUUUGGAGUUCUGAGUUGAAACUGCUAUGAAGUAUUUUGAACCUCCAUUAAGAAGCUUUGCUAGUUAUUCAUCAGGAUUCAGUAAAACACUCAUUUUGAGCUUUGCUUCUGUGUUUUGAGUUUUUUUCAUAGCAGAAUAGAUUCUUUGCUGAAAACUGAACAAAAGUGCCAAGUGUAGGCAAAUGCCCAAACAACCUACGAACACUCCAAAAGCUAUGCAUUUAUAAUAUAGGCAUGCAUGUUCCUAGGGAUAGUCACCUGAAAAAAAUUAAUUACAACCUUGAACCUGCCCAACUUGACUAAUAAUGUCCACUUAUCAUGUUGCUGAUUCCUAAAUAUGUAUAGUUUUAGAAAUGGGGAACUUCACCCCACUUUAACCCACAUAUAAGAUGGGUACUCAAAACAUGCACUGAAUUCGUCAUACUAUGGCCAGAAUGAUCAAACUUACACACAUUUUAGGAAAGGAAGGAAAACAACAAAAUUGGUCAUGAUUAACUGCUUUAGGGACACGGGUGGCAUGUGGGUUAAACCACAGAGUCUAGGACUUGCCGAUCAGAAGGUCAGUGGUUCGAAUCCCCGUGACGGGGUGAGCUCCCAUUGCUUGGUCCCUGCUCCUGCCAACCUAGCAGUUCGAAAGCACAUCAAAGUGCAAGUAGAUAAAUAGGUACCGCUGCGGCGGGAAGGGAAACGGCGUUUCCGUGUGCUGCUCUGGUUCGCCAGAAGCGGCUUAGUCAUGCUGGCCACAUGACCCGGAAUCUGUAUGCCGGCUCCCUCGGCCAAUAAAGCGAGAUGAGCGCCGCAACCCCAGAGUCGGUCACGACUGGACCUAAUGGUCAGGGGUCCCUUUACCUUUUAACUGUGCUUUGGUAGCCCCUAGGCUAAACAAUUGCAAUUAGUUGACUCUCAACUUGUGCAGGGGUUAUGUUCCAGGAUAGCACGUAAAGCUAUUAUUCCGUGUGGCCAAUACAACCAUUAAAAAACUAAAAAGCACAGCUCAGCACUUACUUACUACUUUCUUACUACAGACUCGACCUGCACUCUCCCAGGGUGAGUGUAAUGGUGGGGGGGAUUGCCAGUGGUUUACCCCUGCACUACCGCCCCAUUUUCAAAAUUUUAUUUAUUUAUUUUCAUGUUUUCAGCCAAGCGAGUAAAGAUGUGAUAGCGCAAGCACAUAAAGAUGUUAAAUGUGUGUAAUUUGUGAGUCUACUGUAUUUGGGGUUACCUUUUGAACUUUAUUCAGGAACCUGCAAGGCUGGGUAAAUGUGACACACCAGUUUAGCAUGGUGCACAAAUUGGGCCAAUGCAUGUCAAGGUUUUUGAACACUUUCAGUAUAAAGACAACAUAUAAAUACUGUGUUUUGUUGGUCACACUAAGCUACCUGGUGGGCAUCCAUUGAAGUCGUGCCAUGAUCCCUCCAUUAUUUCUUAGUGCCUCCGGUUACAAUCUCUGCAGUCUACAUUUGUAACAUAAUGAUGCGAAGAGAAUAAAAUGCUACAGGGUCAUAGUGCUGAUUGAAAUGUCACCUGUGUCAUCCCCAAAAUAGAGAUUGCAAUGGCUUUUGACUGUGAGUGUAGGGUGUCAGUUCUGAGUCCCUGUGUAAGAAGGAUGCAUGGUGUUGUGUAAGGGUUCCAUGUGAUGUUAUUUAUAGAACUUGUCUCAGAUGUCUUUCCAUGGAUAAAUCAGCUGUCAAGAACUUUAUACAGCUUACAGCAACAAGCGUAAGAAUCCUGCACUGUAAGCUAUAUGUAAUUUACAAAGCACAAAUAUUUGGCUUUUUUUGUUUUGUUUUCCCCAAUUAAAAGUGUGUGUUUUAAGUCUACACAUUGUUUACCCUAAAGCAGUUGCUGCUGAUUUCCUGCAAAUUUCCCAAGGAAAGAACUUCAAGGUUAGUAAGACAUUCAUAUGUGCAGAGAAACCAUGCAAAAAUGUCAGACCCACCACCUUAUCAUAUCUAAGCAUGUGUUCUUGUUGGAUUUAGCUGUUAGGGAAAGGAGAUACCUAACUAUGCAUUUUGGAAGUUAACGUACCAUUGCGUCAUCAAUUGUUGAGGCUAAACUUAAAAUAAGCAGAGAAAGCUGUAGCUAUCACCCAUUUACAGGCUUAAAAGUAGCAAUUUUAAAGUAGGGAUUUCUAGAGAGCUAGCAGCAAGCAGCAAAAGACCCAAAAUGAAAUAACUUCAUUGGUUCCUAAUAAGUUUCCAAUUUAGGGUGGAUAAAAAUCAAGGAUUUAAAAAAUAAUAAUCAGAUUUUUUUUUAUUUAAAUCGUUUUUUAAAAAAUAUAUAUAUUUUAAGUUGGAUUUUUAAGAUAAAACGCUUUUGGAGGAAAAAUCUUUCUAAAGAUAGUUUUCCAUUCAAGUUACAUUGUAGUCCAAAGGCUGUUCAUCAGGAAAUAAGGAUUUGUUUUAAGUUUUCCAUGUGUGCUAAAACUCAGUCUUAAGUUGGUAUUUUUUUAAAAAACCGUUUAACCACAUCAGUUAACAAACAUGGAUACAUAUGUUCUAAUGUUACUGUUUUAGUUAAAUAAAUUGUUAUUAAGGAAAUGAUUAUUUUUCUCCUUCCAAUAAAGUACAGCAGAAAAGUUGUCCAAAUAUAAACAGUUAACUUAUUAAACCUCACAAUAAUUUAAUAAUUAUCUGUCUAUGUAUUUCUAAUAGUAUAACCAAACCAGUAAUUUUUGAUAUAACUGUAAAAACUACUCUGAAAAUUUAUUAUUCCAAAAAAAACCCUUCAUCUGGUUGUAAAUAUUAUGAUUAUUCCAGCAAAAAUGAGUCUUUCUGUAAAAAAAAAUAAAAUGAUUUAAAUCAAGUCUUACUGACUAGUGAUUUAAAUUGAUUUGAUUUAAAUCAAAUCCACCCUGUUCCAAGUUAAAUUCAGAGUGCUGGUCUGAAUGUUCAAAACCUUUGUGGUUUGAGGAUCCACGUAUUAGAACUACCUUCUCCUGUUUCAAUCUCUCUGUCCCCUGAAAUUGUUGCCUUUCUCUGGGUGCCCCCGUACUGUCUGAAGUGUGGGGUGGUGACCUCACUUUUGGAGUGCCCUUCCUCAAGAAGGUCUGCCAGAGGUCUUGUUAGUAUCAUUUAGCCACCAUGCAAAAAUGUUUCUGUUUUCCCAGGAGUUUAAGAACUGGUAAUGUAACCUUUUUAACUUGGAGUAAUUUGAUUUUUCAGCCUAUUGGACUAUUGCUGUCUUAGUUUAUUUUCUUUUUCUCUCUUAGUUUGUAUGCUUUUUAUUUAUUUUUAAAUUGUAUUUUUGUUUCUUACUAUUCUGUUGGCUACCUUGGGGAGAAAAAGUUAUGUUGCAGGUGUGAUAUAUAAAUUAUGUAAAUAAAUUUUCCACAUGAUACAAAUAUCACAAGAAAAAUUCAAAACUUUUAUUUUAGUAUCUUAUUUGAAAACUGUCUUAACAUUUAUCUUGGGCAGAGUCAUAUUAAGUGGAAACAAUACCUAUUUGAGCUAAUGUUCUCUGGGACCAAUUCAGAUCCAUGUCUAGUUAUUUGAUAAAUUUAUUUCAAAUAAAAGCCUAUUUUGCUAGUACAGUGUGUUGGUGUAAUUUUAUCUUGGGGUGAGGGUCCAAGGCUAAAAUGGUGUCUCUGUUCAGCCAUCACAGUGCCAGAUGCACAAAGCAUAGUAAAAUGCCUGUCUUUACCAUUAGGUUUCUGUCUUUAUAACUGCAUGAACAAAUGGAAACAGAGUUUGUUUGUAGUUAUACUGCAUAACAAGACCAUGAUGGUUAAGAGUAAGUAAUUGAUCCUUGACCCUCUACUUGUAUUAUCAUCAAAGACUAAACCAACAUAAGGGAACAUGCCAAACCACCCUGAAUUCAAAAGCAGCAUCUUUUUGUUUGUUUGUUAUGAGACAGCUGUCUGUUUCUUCAAGGUUUUGCUCUUUACAUUUUUUAUUUAUUUAUUUAACUAAAUCCUUCCCCCCUGCUCUUCAGUGGGCGAGGGACCCUCCCAGAGUGCCUUCUAAGUAAGACAGUUCAUGCCCUUAAGGCUUAUCAUUUGAAAGGCAUGACACCAAAGGAAAAGAGAGGAAGGAGGGGGGAAAGCACAUUGGGACAUUGGUUCUUAGUCACAUAAUUUCCAUAAUGACCAAUUGGACUGGGGAAAGUUCAAGGAGAGGAGGAGCCUAAUGUUGCUGAUCUCACAGCUAAGCGGAUGAUGAGACCCUGCAGUUCCAACUCUGCCUCUAACCUGUUGGAAUGGCUAUAGAAAGCUAUGUAAUGUGAUACUAGUCGUGAGCUGGGGAGGACUGUGUGCUCUUGUAUUUUGGCACAUCGUUGAAUACUGCAUGCUUAAAGAAAGACAACCUUAUAGUGGAUCAAAAUGGGAUUGUUUUAUAUUGAAGAUUCUUAACCAAAUUGUAGUCACUUAAUCUCACUGCAUGCAGUGCUAAUCAUCUAGAGAGCUGGUUCCCUAUAGUUCCCCAUUACAAGGGAACCAUUCCACAAUGUCAUCCAUUCCUCUGCAUGUAAUAUUCUAAGUGUCAGCAAGUGGUUGCCAUAACUUAAGCUCUAAGUGUCAGCCAUAUAGCAAGUGGUUGCCAUAACUUAAGCUCUUAAAGAUGCCUCCUAAAAUUACCUUGAACUACAUUCUGUAGUUGUCAUAUAGCUUGAUUUGUUUUCUUCCUUAGCAUGCAAGAAACUUCUGCUGAGUUAGGAGGACAUUCUUCAGCAACUGUGGGAAGGGGUAAAAUCGACUGUAAUUCUGUUCAUAGAAACUCUGGAAAAGAAACUUGGGCUGGGAAGCUAUACAUGUGCACAGUUAUGUGGGGUUCACUGUAUUUCCCCCUUAAAAUGUCAAAAGAUUGAUGCAAGACUCAAAGACAAGAACCAUCCUUCUUUCUGGUGAUGUUUCCUGUUUUGCUUCUUGAGAUACAGGUAUCAUGAAGGGGAGCGCCUCUGGAACAAGUUGGAAUGGAGAAGCACAAAAUCAAGAAGCUGAUUCAAGCGGUCAUUAAACGCACUGGAUGUUUUGGGGAUCACACUCUGAGAGGAAAUCGGCAAAGUGGAGACAUAUAACUCCAGUUAUUGAGCAGGGACAUCAGAAUCUGUAACACACUGCACUUUUUAAAGUUGACUCUUCAUCUCUUAUAAAUGGUGGCAUUUUCCUUUGCUCUCUGGAAAUUCCAUUUAUGCCUUCUGCACCGUUGUGUAUUAUCUGCCAUUGCUUCAGGAAAAAACCAGCUUCUACUCUUGUACCUUGGACAACUUGGUCAAUGCAGUUUGCAAAUCUCAUUUUUAUGAACAUGCAAAAUCCAGAGAGAUCAAUGCAUCCCAAGUACAGAUGGAAUAUGGACUUGUGCACAUAUAGAGCAUGUUGUGAUCCAAAUGAUUAAAUAUACACCAAGAGUUGACAGAAUAGCCAAUUGGCAAUAUUUUGCAAAUGCGGUGCAUGUCUUCAGAAAUAGGUUUCAUCCAAAAUUCCAUGGUGCAUUUAAAACACUAGAAAAAUGGCAUUCAUAAACUGACCAGAAAUCACUGAAAGAAAUUUCCCCCCCUCUUGUUAUUUAAAAAGUUUGGAGGUAGUGAGUGCUCUCCAUUGACUAUAACUUUGGAUGAUGCCUUUCUUACAUUGAACUAAAGGAGCAAAAGCUUAUGUUGUUGGGGAUAUCCAAAUGAAAACAGUUUAGCAACUUAUAGGAAAAAUUAAGGUUCCAUUGGAAGCUGAGAGUCAUGCAAGGUUUGUUACACAUACAAGCCCCCGUAAUCUCUUAAUGCUCUGAUCUAAUGGCAUUUUUGUGAAAGAAAGUUCUGUAUUUCUUUGGAACUUUGAAGUGAUGUGUGUUUGAUAAUUCUGCAAGUUGGAGUCUAGAGGGGGAGUUCUGUUAACACAAUACAGUGCUCUUGUUUUAUCUUAAAUACUAAAAAAAUCAUUGUGGCAUAGGCUUUUGUGCACCAAACACCAUGCCUUCAAAAGCUUGAAGGAUUGUGCUCAGUGGCAGAUCUGUCUUUUCAUCUGUUACAUGAUAGACUUGAGUCCGCACAAAUUUUUGCCACAAUAAACCUUGCAAGACUGGGCGUGAGCCAAGUUAGCAGGAGAUAACUUUAUUUUUGCUGAUUAAUGUCUGCAUUUACUAGUUCUAUGAGAACUUCUACCCUGCACUUCCAAUAGACAUGCAUCACUCAGGGCAGCUUCCAACAAUUAAAAUCACAGCAUCAAGGAAAAUACAAUGGAGGCAGGAAUAACAGAUAAAAGCAUUAUCUGCUUGGUGUGGAAAAGGCUGGCUUUACUAUCCAGGUUGCAAGGGAAUUACUGAGGGGUGUCCUGUUGGUCCCCAGAGCAAAGUACAAUUUCCUAGACCAGUUUGUGCUGCCAAGUAUGUGGCAAGUACUGUAUUAUAGUACAAAACCUGUAUCAGUUAAACAGACUUUGGGCUAAGAAGCUAUGCUCUGCUUUCUCUUUUCCUUUAAUAGGUUAGGUUAAGUAAGUGAUGUUAAAAAGUUAAGGCUAUCAAGCCCAGAAACAAAUAACUGCUGCUGCUUUUAACAGCUUCAUAGAAGAAAAAUACUCCGUCUUCCCUUCCCUUGAAAGUAACCUGCUUAAAUAAUCUGUCAUCUUAUUUAAAUGUUACAUUUAUAUCCCAUGUUUCCUCCAAGGAGCUCAUGGUGGUGUAUAUGAUCCUCCUUUCCCAAUUUUGUUUUCCAAAAAAAAUGAUAAGGUUGGUUAGGCUGAGAGAGGGAGACUGCACCAAGGUCACCUAGUGAACGCCAUAGCUGAAUUGGAGAUUUGAACAUGGAUCUCUACUGUCCCUUACCAUGUGUAGCCAGGUGUAAAGGAAUCUUUGGCCCUCUGGUGUUGCUCAGCAACAAACCCCAGAAUCUCUAGCCAUUGGCCGUACUUGCGGGGCUGGGGAUCCUGCAAAUUUUAUUCUAGCAGUAUCUGGAGAGCCAGUGGUUCCCCACACCUGAUCAACAGGCUUGAUGCUAAAAUGGCCCAUGUCACCUGCCAUCAUGCAUACCUGUUCUGCCGUACUUUAGGAGAAGUGCAAUUUUCUGACCUUAUCCUGUACUCCCUCUUUGUGUCAAAGAGCCAAGAGUCUUUGCUGGUCAACAGCCCUACAUUGUAUUGGGUCCCCCUGGUUCAGUUUAAAGAACAUUGUUGGGCGAUUGACUUUAAUGAAUUCUAUAGAACUGAAAUUGUAUACUGUACUGGUAUCUGAUCACUGACUCACUUGGUUUCUGCCUCUGCUGAAUGUACCUGCUUCCAAUGUAGGUUGUUGCAGUGACUCUGGAAAAGGUAGUUGUGCCUGUUAUAAAUGUAGUAGGAUCCUAGAACAGAUGAGUCUGCCAUAGGGAUAGCAGCUGGAUGCCAUGGGACCAAAUCUAGUCCUCCGAAUUCCACUACCUGAAACCCUAGUUGCCAACCCAGCAUGAAGAGAUAUAUUCCCCGGCUCAGUCAGUGGGCACUUCACUGCUGUAAUGUGUGUGUGGGAGGGAGAGGGUCAAUGGUUUGCCCAACCAUCCUCUUCUCAAAGAUGCACUCCUAUAAGUUGAUAGGUAACUUAGGGUAUGGCUUUAAGCAGAGUGGCAGGAUUCCUGCUGAAAGGUGCUGGGGCUGCAUUUUAAAUUAUUCCACCACAAAACCCUGUUAUCCCACCUCCACCACUACCUCAGAUGUUCUUAUAUAUAUUUCCAAAAAUUAUACACUGUUUGUUGAGUCAUUCCUCAUUAUACUACCUUGAAUAUUUAUUAUAAAAAUGCACAAUAAUAAUGGAAUAUUUCUAAUGUGAAAAUGUAUUGUGUAACACACGUUUAUUUUAGGUAUGUAUUGAAAUAAGUAUAUAUUUUCUGUAAAUUUUGUUUGCUGUAUUUGCUGUAGAUUGGCAUCAGUUUUUGAGUUCUACUUUUUGGCAGUUUCUGCCUUGAGAAACCUGUUUUAUGCUGCAUUAUCAGGUUAUGCCUUCCUGAUGUACUUUCCCAUGUCUUGGGGUUUGAUAAUUACAAACUUCUGAAAUAUUUUCAUUCCCUGUUUGCUCUUUGAUAUAAACGUUUGUUUUUAUUUUGCUGUACAUGUAGUAAUUUUAGGGAUAAAACUAAACCUUGAUAUCUGUUGUCUGUGGGAACUUUUUAGAGUCUUCCCACAAUACUGCUAUUAAAGGACUAAGUGAGUUCAUGUGGCUGAAGUUUGUCUUGAUUGGUUAGAAUUAAAUGCAUUCUUUUAAAUCAAACAAAUGUUCUUUUCUAGCAACGUAGUCUCCUUUGAUUGUUAGUUCUGUCACUGGAUUUAAUGACCAGAUGGACGAGUUGAAGCUUGUGGGAAUUUAGAGCCUGAAUAGGGCUUUCUCACUCUUUAAAUGGGAGGAUGACUUCAUUUAGGGAUUUAAUGUUGGUAGUGGAAGGUUGAAAAAUUGUUUUCAACUCUUGGCAGGCUGAAGCCGAAGAUCUGUAGAAGAGUAUCGUAAACUGCACCUGUGUCAAAAAUACCAUUAUUAAUGCACUGUCCUUCCAAGUGCUGGGUUGCAGCAUUGCCUGAAGUUUGAUGCGGAAUCAUCACUGCUGUUUCCUUGUCAAAGAGAGAGUAUUUGUGUUAUAAUUCAGUCACAAAGGUGUGCCUCAGUACCACCUUGCAGCACUAACAUAUGAUACUAGAGUCCAUGCCUUAGCUGAGACUCUUGUGUGUCCUCCAGGAUAGAGUAGGGGGUUAUUCCACUUUAUGUUGCAGAAUUUCAUGUGGUGGUGCAGAGGAAGGAUACUGAUACAUGAUAACUUGUAGACUGUUUGCAACCUGAUUUAAUUGUAAAAGAAUCUGCAGAAGAUAUAAUAGUCACAGACAGUCCUGGGGCAGAGAGAAGAAAAAAGGAAAAACAGCCACAUGUUUGAGGAUUCCUAUCCUAUGUUGCGGGUAGGGUUGCAAGUGUGUCUCAGGUCUUGAAGCCUGCUGCCUGAAAAUAAUUGUAUCGGUUGUAGAGCUGAGCAGCAAUACUAUACAAAUUCUCAUGCACACACAAAAAUUAUGAAUGUUGGUUUUGGUUUUCUUAAGCAAUAUAUUGGAGCGAGAUAUAAACAUCCUAGAGAAGAGAAAACACUUUCCACAUGCAGGAAGGUGUCUUUGGUUGGGUACUAAAAGAACAAAUGGCCUUUUUGUUGCUUUUGUUUCUGCUGUAGAUGUGCUCCAACUUGCAGUAUGUGUGCUUUGGAUUUAUUAUCCUAACUCUGUAUAUAGAAUGUGGUACAGUUAAAGGCAUGUCAAGGAAUGUAGUAUUUUUUGUUAAAAUAUACAGUUCAAUUUUGAUGCACUAAUUGUGUCGAGUAGACCCUGGUCCAUGAAAGUUUAUGCUGCAAGCAUAUUUCUUGGGGGUUUUUUUUUGCUGUGAGAGACUAACAUGGUUACCCCUCUGCUAAUAUGUACCUGAUUAUGAUGCCAAGUUAACCCAGGAGCAAUCAGUUUGUCUUGAAAUGGCCACAUGCUGCUUGUGAACGUCAAAUGGUUAACCAGGAUUUAAACUGGCAUGAUGUGUGUUAGGCCUACAUAUUCCCCAUUGGCAAUUUGAAAAUGUCAGUUGUCAUGCGCAUUUUAAUAGUAUCCUAAUGGGAUAAAAUACUCUUAAUUAAUAAACAGCUCACUUAGAUUUCCAAAUCUAAAAAUGAGUAAAUGUGUUCACUCACUAGAAUUCCCCUUUGUGCCCCAAAGCAUUGAGACAGCUAUGAAGCUCAUGUAACUUUCAUUUUAUUUACCUAUUAUUGCAUUCCCCCCCCGUCUUUACUCCAAGGAGCUCAAGGUGCCACAUACAGUUCUCACUUUCCACAUUUUAUCCUCACAGCAACCCUGUGAGGUAGGUUUGGCUGAGGGAUUGACUGUCCCAGGGUCACCCAGUGAGCCUCGUGGCUAUUGUAUCACACUAGGAUUUGCCACCACUGUGAUUUAGCAAUAACUUCAAAGACAAAGGCAGGUUUUUAAAAAAUAAUCUGGUUUGCAUGUGCAUUCUAAACGUUUCCCUUUUAUUAAAUUAGAAUAAUUCUGACUGUUAAAUACUAAUGUAAUGUUUGCAACCACAUGUCUAGACAAAAUGUAAAAAUGUGCAUUUUCCUAGCCUUUUAUUUCGUGCAAUCCAAUUCAAGCACUGAAUUAUUUUUCUGCAUAUGUAGUUUCGGUAUACAACACUUGCUAAAUAUUGCUGGUCUGUGUGAACUGAUUUUUUUUUUCCUUAAAGAAACCCUAAACUGAGAGGCACAAUCAACUGUCCCUUUUGUAUUCAUGCUUUGUGGGGAGGAGGUGGGGCGGAUUGACAGGAGCUCUCUAUAAAUGAGCUUCAUUUGGAUUGGCUUAACUCAAGUAAUCAUGACGCUGCGCUGUGUUUCAGUAACCACCCUCAACAGAGUGUCCUGUUAAGAGGAGGCAUGUUUUCACCUUGAGUAGAAACUCGUGGUUGAUGCUUAUGAGUGUUGCCUUGUUUUGCAGUUCUCUCAGGAGUUUUAUCUGGAGCUCGCUCUGUAAGUUGUAGAACAGUUCACUUUGCUUGAGAUCUCUGCUCCUGAGGUGUGAAUAUGAUAGGGUAUCUAUUUUAGACAUAAGGAAUGCAUUUGUGACUAGCAAGGCAGUUACUUGAAGAAUUAACUUUGCUUCUCUUUGAAACAGCUUCAAAGCAUUGAGUAAGUUUUUAAUAAUGGGGUUUCCCCCCUCUUGAUAAACUUCUAUAGAAUUUUUAAAAAUCGUACACCUUCUAUGGAAGUAGAAAAGAAUGAGAGGCCGUUCUAUGACAAUUUUCUGAUUCAUGAUGGGGUGGAAUCUCCCCUUUGUAAAAAGUACUUUAUAGCAUCUAUUAGCAAGAAAUAAAUUGAGCUGAAAGGAGGCAGAUAUGAUCUUCUGUUUUAAAUGGUUGAAAACUACCUUAACCUCAAGCAUCACUGUCUUAUUAUUGGAAGUAAACUUUACUCUAGCUGAAUACAAAUAUGUGUAGUAUGUAUCUGAAAUAUAUAGUCUAUAGUAUGUGUAGUAAAUGUGUUUGUACAGUAAAUGAAAUGGGUUUUAUUCAGGGAAGAUAGUUUUUACUGCCAGGUUUUUCCUAAUAAAUGAUAGUCUUUCUGUAGCUGAAGGUAACAGACGCCAGCAUGAGUUUUUGAAAUGCAACAUACCAGUGCUUGUCGUGCAGGAUGGCUUACAAUUAAGCAAGCUAUAUAAGGAUGUGUAGGGAAAGUUGGAAUUGGUUGGUGAAGUAACCCUUUUAUAUAACUGAUAUUUAUUAGGCAUUAUUUCCUUCCUGGAGUAUAAAUCUUUCAUCCUCCUUGGUCUUAUUGCAAGCUUUGUGCAUGUAAUUUUAGAACCAUGUAGGGAUGUAAUUUGCCUAGAACUAUUUUAAUUAUCCGGCCUGCCGUAACAGGGUCUGUUAAAUUUUAAAUACUUAUAUGACUUUAACCUGUGGGAGGGAAAAAGCCAUCUUAUCCAACUUGUCUGUGCCUGACAUUACAAGCCAGAUUUGAUAUUUUAUUAAGUAUUGUAAAUUAACUAUGUUUUGUAAGAGGGGUGUGUGUAUAUGUGUGUACACCCCCAAACAAACAAAAAGAAUUGCUUGCAAAUUGCUAUGAAAUAAUCUGUUGUUGUAAACUAAACCCCAAACCCCAUGUUAUUAUCAAUUAGAAACAAGCUUUGUCUUUGUGGCUCAAUUUGAUUGUUUUAUAGGAAGCUCUAUAUGGUUGUGGUUAGUAGUACAAUCCUGCUGGGCUUUCUGUUUUGAAGAGGAGGAUGUGUGCAAAUUUUGUAACAUUUGCCUCUUUGCUUUUAAGCAGCAAAAAUAUUUUUCUGUGGGUUUCUACAUACCAAUUUUGGAUGGAUUCCCAUGGGUAAGGUGAGGUCCAUAUUAAGGAAAACAAAUAUUUGCUGGUUGGCAAAUAUUCCUCUGUCACUAGUACAUAAUAGUCCAUAAAUCCUCUGUCACUAGUCCAUAAUAAACGCCCAAGUGAUCUGUUGCCGCUUAGGUUUACAUGGGGUAAAGUUCAGAGUUCUUUCAGGCCAAGUGCCUUCUGACCUAUAUUGUACGGGUUGAGUUGCAUCUGAGUCUUUCUUAAAUGCUGGCAAAGUACUGGCAGUAAUUAAUCUGCCACAUGUAAACAAGCUCCGUAAGUCAGCAGGGUUUGCCCUGGAUUCUAUCACAGAGGAAACCUAAGGAUAACCCAUUAGAAUUCCCUUUAAAGUUCCUUAUUUCCAUUUGUGUACACUAUUCUGCUGUUGGCUGGGAAUAAAUUGCAGUUUCCUUGGAGUUUGAACUUGGCUCUGCAAGUGUCCUGCUUGACCCCUCACCUUUGUUUUCUGUGGUAGCCUUCCCCUUGGAUAUACUAUUUGGCUGGGUAGAAGGGUAUAAAGUGUUUUUACAAGUCUCUACUACAAAUCUGCUUUUUGGGAUUGGGCGUUUCACUGUACAAUAAAGGGCCUACUCUACUUGACUUCUGUUUGUAAAACCAUCAAGGCUUGGCACUUGCUUAAUAUUUUCUGAUUUUGGAGAUUAUUAUUUAUUUGAGUAGUGUUGUGAGUAGAGCGCUUUACAAAAUAUUAGCUUAGUCUCUGCCCAAAUAUUUCUAAUCUAACACAAACAGAAAGCAAACGGAUUAGUUUGAACAGUAUACAGAGCAAGCCUUGCUAAUUGAUGGAAACUCAUCCUUUCUUUAGUUCGGUAAAUCUGCAAACUAGGGGGUGUUAAAUCUGGACUAGGAGGUGGGAUGGAAUGACGGUACCAGCCCAAGACUACCCUUUUCAUUGACCUGCAAAGCAAUAUAUUGGCUGGAAAAAAACCUGCAGAGUAUUUCCAUAAAACCUAAUUAAGUUUUCUAUUUCAUAAACUAUUGAAGAACCCUGUUAUUCAGAAGGCAAAGAGAUUUUUGAGUCCCGUAGGUAAUACCACUUGUGCCUUUGUAUGAGUGUGAAGAAUAGUCCCCCUGAAAAAGAUUUCACACAGUCUUUCAAAUAAUUUAUGUAGUGUCUUAAUGAGAUGUUGUUGAUGUGAAGUUGGUAUUUAAAGUCAAGAAAUUUGGGACAUUUAUUGUAGUUUACUCUCAAGGCUUCUGUCUUUUGUGAAGAUAUGCCUGGAACAACAACAACAACAACAUAUUUUAUAGCACGAUCAUAGUGCAUUUUUAAGUAGCAAGAGAGAUCCCUGGAGUGAAAAGCUUUCAGUAAGAAAUUUGAAGAGAUAGAUAACAUUUGGAAUCGGGUGGAGGAGAGGGUAAAUGUGCUGAAGACUUUAUGGAUAACGUGGGCACUUAGAAUGGGUUUGAAAGAAGACAGAAGGCAUUAUUUAGAUAUUCAAGAAAGCCAUUCUAGCCAAAAGGGGCAACAAGGGAGAAACUGUAGGCAUCUAAGGAUGUUUGGAGACCUUUAGAUGGCUGAGGGUGGUGGAGGUGGAGGAGAAAGGGAAAUUGUUUUGGGAUGGGGAAAAAUGAUUUUUAGUUGUUGUAAUCAGAGUGAAAGACUAGGAUACAAGAGCAAAAAGAAUGGGAUUAGGGGCAUAGCUAUGGAGGUUUUUGAAGCCAAGAAUGAGGAGUUUAUGCUGGGUUUGGAGCAGACAUGGACCUGCUGAAGGCGCAUCAUGUGAUCAGAACAAUGAGUGAGCUAAAUGGUUUUGGUGGCAAAGUUCUGGGUAGAAGCGAAGAGGCUGAAGUGUGACCGUGGAAGACAAGAUGAGAAGUUACUAGUGUGAGAACUAGAGUCGGGGGGACAAAGAGAAAGGGGUUUAUUUUUGCCUUUGUUGUAAAGUGGCAUGUUAUGGUGCUGAGCUGAAUGUGAAUGCCAAAGGAGAGGGAUGAUAGUGGAUAAUGAUGCUGUCGGUGGUUAUAGAAAAUAUAUGAGGAGUGGAGGUCUUGGGAGGAAAGACGACGGAGGUUAAUUCUCAACCCUCACUGUGUUUGACACCGUGAUUAAAUAUUAAGCAGAAAUAACAGACAGGUAGGCAGAGUUCUGAGAUAGAGGAGGGAGUUCUGAUGUGGAAGUAGGUGUCAUAAGCACAUAGGUCUGGAGUGCUUAUUUCAGACCAAUGGCCACAUUCUCAUCUGGACAACUUUCCAGGAGCCACAUGGCAUUGGUGGGUGGCACCAAAGCCCCAAAGUGUAAAUUUUAGCAUUGUACCAUAGGUUAGUAUCUACCCACCAUCCGGGCAACCAAGAAACACUGCCAAAAUUCAAGGACCACAUUUCAGCCAGGCAAAAACACUUAAGGGGUGUUCGAAGCAGGGCUGGUGAGGGAUGUAGCCUUGGGAGAAUGGGUGUGGCUGAGAAAGGGGAGUGGCCUAUGUAGAGUCCUGAGGGUCAGACGGAGAGUGGGGAGGGUCACAUUUGCUCCCUCCCACCUGAGGUUCCCCACCCCUGAUUUAGUUGAUAUUGAAAGUUUUAGUAUGUGAUGAGGUCACUAAGGGAGAGUAUAUGCGGAGGUCACAACAGACCAUGAUGGAGAGGGGGGAAAGCAAAGGAAGAGCUUCCCUCCCCUGUGGAAAAGUUGAAUGAGCAAUUGCGUCAACAGGAAGAGAAGCAGCUGAGAGGAGUCAUGGAAACCUAGGGCAUGAAGUGAGUCAUGCAGGAGAGAACCAUCAGUUGUUCCAUAGGCUGCAAAGAUAGUUGCCAGUGAGGAGAUCAUCAGUGAAGGGCUGAUCUACUGAGGGCAGAAGCCAGAUGUUAUGGGGUCAAGAGAAGCUGUGGUAGAGAGAGUUGACAGUAGGUGUAAGUGAUACAUCCCAGGAGUUUAGAGAUAAAGAACACAAGAGAAGUUGAGCAGUAGCUGCAGAGGCAGGUUGGGUCAAGGGGGUGUCUUUUUUGGAGAGGGUGGAAAGAGUGUGUCUAAAUGCAGAAGGCAAGGAAUGUGCUGAUGAGAUGGGGGGAGGCAGAGAAAAGUGGCAUAUUUAUUAAUUUUAUUAAAUUUGUAUACUGCCCUUCAUCCGAAGAUCUCAGGUCAGUUCACAGUGUAUUUGAUUGAGGAGGAAUAAUGGGAGGAGGUAGAUAGAAUCAAAGGGGAAGAUAACAGCGGAAUAAUGAACUAGAUGGGAGGAAAGAGAAAAGGAUUCAGGGAGGUGUGAACUUCAAGGAAAGAGAGUUAGAAAGGUGGUUGUUUUAUUUUUAUCAGGCAAACCCUUCAAUGUGGAGGGAGGGCAUGAAGUCCUAGUAGGACUUCAAAGGAUGGAAGAGGUGCUGAAGAUUCCUAGAGUUGGUGUGGAUCAUAGCAGUACAGUGGUACCUCAGGUUACAUACGCUUCAGGUUACAGACUCCGCUAACCCUGAAAUAGUGCUUCAGGUUAAGAACUUUGCUUCAGGAUGAGAACAGAAUUUGUGCUCCGGCGGCACAGCGGCAGCGGGAGGCCCCAUUAGCUAAAGUGGUGCUUCAGGUUAAGAACAGUUUCAGGUUAAAAACAGACCUCCAAAACGAAUUAAGUACUUAACCCGAGGUACCACUGUAUUCUUGAUGAGUCAUAUGGCAAGCAGAAAGGAGAGGAUGACUUUUACAAUGGACAAAACUGCUCAGCUAUUUGAUUCUCUCCCAGAGGCUUUCAGCUGCAUGAGAGCAGGAACACUGGACCUGAAGAGAGGCAAGAGGGCUGAGGAUUAGAGGCGUGAAUACUUCGUUAGUGGAGAAGUACAAAUGAGCCAAGAGAGGGCAAACAGGCACAAGUUGGGUGAGUGGGUGAAAAUUGCAGAUUCUGAGGAGCAGAUAGAAGAGGGCGAGGGCUAGAUCUGAGAGGGCUCUGAAUGAAUAGACUGCAGGCUGGGGGAAAAGCAAGGAUGGAAAUGUGGUUUGGGAAGAGACUGUACAGUGUUAAGGGUGCUGUGGUCAGACCGAGAAUUCCACAGCUGAGGGAUCGACUGAGAACUGUUCUUGGUGAUGACAAAGUAGCAUUUUUAAUGUUAAAACGUCCCAGAAAGAGACUGUAAGUGGAAACUCAAAUGCUUUGGUUUUGAAGUGUCGUGGCUUUAGUGGCCGACCACAAACUCAAAUGUUAGAAAACCUCAUAGAAGUGAAAAAAUAUGUCUACUUAUCACACUGCUGGCAUCUGUUACAGUAAUGCAAGCACCAGAUAUUGUUUGCCAAAUACAUGCUGAUUAGCUGCAAAGCCUCACCUUGUGUUUCAGUAUAUUUCUUUGUGCAGAAUAUUUUGCCUCUUCAGAAUUUUUGGUUCCCUUUGUUUUGAAUAUAAUUCCUGGAGGUCGUUCCCCCCCCCCCAGUAGUUGCCAAAUUGUAUGUCAAGUUCUGGCAGUCAUAACUGUCAAGCACAGAAUAAUUAUGGCUUUUAUGUUUUUGAUUUAAAAGUGAAAUAAAAUUUGAUUUUUAGUAGGGUCUUAUUAUAUUGUUGCCUUUUUGAAAGCACUCAUGGUGCUUCCUAAAACUACUGCAACAAUAUAAACCAUCUAGCCAUUUGGUCAUUAGGUGAAUGGUCACUUAUUAGAUACUGUACUGUCCUCGCUUGGGAGUUGUAGCUGUAAGCUAUGAAUGGAUAACAGUUUUCAGUGAAACGGUGAGCACACACUUGUGUAAUGAAGAAGAUAAUUUGUUCCGUAAGCUUUUCCAUUAAGGCAAAUUCCCCUUGAUACCAUUGAUUGAUGUCAGAUUAACUUCCAUUCACAUCUCAAGGAGCGUGUUCUCUGUGACAUGGAAGUGAAUUGUGUAUGAUCCAGGACUUUGCGUGGAUGCAAGGCACUGUCAGUGGUGUAAACUUAUGCCGACAAUAGCCAAAUAGGUUUUUACAAAGGAGGAUCAGUUGUGUGCGCCCUAGGCAUGUUUUGUGACUGCCACAGGUCCAAUUGCGACCACGUGGAGAUCUCUGAAUGCCAGGUUGGUGGCUGACGUCUGCAUCUGGCUGGCCCCUCUAGCUUUCUUAAGCAGGUAAGCAGAAGAGCUUAUUUAUUGCAUUUAUAUCUCACCUUUUUCUUCAAGAGUAAAUGGUUCACCUCCAUCAAUCCCUACAGCGACCCUGUGAGGUAGAUUAAGAGGCUGUGACUGGCUCAAGGUCACCCAGUGAACUUCAUGACUGAGUAGGGAAUUGAACCCUGAUUUCCCAGAUCCUAGUCCAACACUCUUAACAACACAACACUGCCUUUCUAGAGUCCUUUUGUGAUGAGGCAGCUAUAUAAAUUAAGUAGGUAAAUAAAUAUGGAGCAAGCUAAAUGUCAUUUAGAGAAGAAUCUGAAAUAUUUUCCUUGAAGCUUGAAUUUGUUUUAUUCUAGAUUGUUUUAUUAUUUGAUGUUUUAAUGUGCUGUAAACCACUUUGAGGUUUUUUCUUUAAAAUAUAAAUUGGCAUAGAAAGGAAAUAAACAACAAUAAUAAAAUGCACUGGAGAAAAAUUGGCACCUAGACAUUUUGUGUGUGGUGACCAUAACCCAGCUUUACGGUGCCAUUUGGCAAUUAGCUUAUAUAUCUGAGUUUCUAACACUGAAUGUGAACCUCCACAUGAAUCCUUGGGCCACCUCAAACCAUACAUUCACACCCCCAGGAGAGUGUUUGUGCAUAUUUUUGUAAUUAAUUGGCAUGGGCCCAUUUACUUGUCAGCCUUUUGUACUCAAAAUAAAGUAUUGGGUUGGUCCUAAAUUGAUGCCAUCUCAUCCUGGGUGCAUGAUUUGUGAUAGCCCAAGUUUACUGUGACUAUGUGAGGUGCACACCCCAGUUCCUAAUUCUUUUUGACAUGCUAGAGCUAUGCAGUAUUUUGCUUCCAAAGCGCUGGACCAGGCACAAUUCACUCCUAUGUCUCUCUCUCUUGGAGGUGAGGAUAUAUAAUUUGGGUGGCUUAAUGAUUAUUUUGAGGUGCACACCUCAGUUACUAAUUCCUUUCUACAUAUUUUAACUAUAGUAUAAUAUAUUAGUUCACAUUAUUGAAACAUGCCAUAAAUUUUACAUAAGUUGUAUGGAUGUAGGUACCAUGGUUUAUGAGACCAGUUCUGUAGGUCAGCAGCUAUUUUGGAAAGUGGCUCUCACAGACUUUUGCCAACCUGUAGAUGAUGUCAUCUCAAUUGUUUUCAUUGCGAACGAUGUCUGCUGUGCCCUCCAAGUAGAUAUUGCUGUCAGUAAUGAUUUUCCUAUAGAAUUCAAUUACAAGGACAACAGGAACACAGCAAAGUGUUUCACUUGAACUACCUUGAACCAUUUUCAUUUGGCCUCUUCAGAUUUGCUUACGAUUUGAUCUUGUUGGUGACUUUAUUUCUGUCAUACAUCUCUUAAUUCAUUCUAAUCCGAAUCCUUGAACAGUUCCUCCUCUUGUGGAUGAUAGAAAAGCUGAUGUUCAAGGACAAGAGCAUUGUGCUCUCAAUUUUUAAACUAUGAACCCAGCAGUGAAAUUUAGACUAUGUAGCAAUAUUGCAGGGAAGGAAAGGUUGUGGGUUGAGAGAAAUGGGAGAGAUUGCCAUUAUCAUACUUACUGUGAUUGAGCCAGUUGUAAAGAAGAGUUGCAUCAGUAGAUAACUUGCAUAAAUUGCAGAUGUCCCUAUCAAUGCAACUACAGGAAAAAUAUGAGUCAUUGAAUCAAAGUCUCUUGUAAUAGAGUAUACCUAAGGGCACUCCAGAUUCCCUUAAAAGAUAUUGGGAAGUUAAUGCUGUUAGUGCAGGAUGUGGUUAUAAAUAUGCUACUUGUAGGUUGACUCAGUAGGAGCUCCCUUAGCCCUUGGACUAACCCAACACAUAUCUUCUAAAAUCAAGCAAGCAGGAUGAUACCAUUGCAGGUUGAGAAAUUUUUAAUUGAGUAGUUAUCUGCAAAUUGUUGUAGGCAAUUUCAGAUCUUGGCAGGAAUUUUCUAAAUAUAUCUUACUCAGGAUUAUUAAAGGUAGAUCUUAUGUAAUGUAAGGUAAACGACCAUUUGUACUGUGAUUUUUGACCGCAGAGCAAAAACUUCAUUUUUGAGCCAUCAUGACACAGGUUUUAUUGGGUUGCUCUGAAGUAUGUUUACCUCUUGUAUUAAUCAGACGAUACAUAUUAAUUGUUGCUUAGCACUCAUUAUACAUUUGGUCUCUUUUUUUUCCCGUUACAUUACAUGGUUCAUCUUUGUGGCCCAUAUUGGAAUUGAGCAAGUGGAUUUAUGGUUAUGGAAAUGGGUCUUACUGUGGAUGCUUCCCUAGAAGGUGGGGUUGUUUACUGUACAGGCAGCUUACUCACUGGGAAACAGAAAAAGAAUGUGCUCUGUUCAUCAGUGUUCUGGAAUUGAGAGCAGUAAACAAUGCAGAGACGUACAGUUAACUGCAGGCAAUUCCACCAGCAGAUUAUUACAGUAGAUCAAAGUGAAUACUAUACACCACAGUGCAGGGAAGUGAUAGCGAUUGAUUGACGUAUCAUCCUGAGGGAAGUGACUUUGUGACAUCUGGUUGACCCAUUCCGGUUCUUUUUUGUUAAGUCAUCCUGGGGUGAAGUCUGUGCGUUAGGAAGGAUGUUUCUUCAGUGCUUGUCUGUGCAACAGUGUUGUAAUUUAACAAGCCUUCCUUUAACGUGCCUAAAUCCUGUAAUUUGAUCUGAAUCCCAAGUACAUUCUGUAGACAUAAGAAUUCUAGAAUAUAACCACCAUGGAGUAGUGGUUAGGGAACGUUAGGGCUAGGAUGUGGGAGAUCAAGGUUCAAAUCCACACUUGGCAAUGAGCCCCUCUCUGUGUCCAUCCUUUUCUCACAGAGCUGUUGGAGGAAGGGGGUGGGAUAUAAAUUAAAUAAACACAUUUAUAAAUAUGUCAUCCAUAUCCAAGCAUCCAUUGUGCCUACUGAAUGUGUUUCUUUUCUAUCUCUCCAUUGGGUUGAACAUAUGUCUCCUGCACUUGCAUUACUGAGUAAAGAUCAGCUGACUACUUAGCAAAUCUUCUAACACUCUGGUUAACUUUGUCCCUAGCAGCUGAAUACCAUAUUUUUUGCUCUAUAAGACUCGCUUUUUCCCUCCUAAAAAGUAAAGGGAAAGGUGUGUGCGUCUUAUGGAGCGAAUGCAGGCUGCGCAGCUAUCCCAGAAGCCAGAACAGCAAGAGGGAUUGCUGCUUUCACUGCGCAGCGAUCCCUCUUGCUGUUCUGGCUUCUGAGAUUCAGAAUAUUUUUUUCUUGUUUUCCUCCUCCAAAAACUAGGUGCGUCUUGUGGUCUGGUGCGUCUUAUAGAGCGAAAAAUACGGUACAUGACAGACAUGAAAGAAACAGUGAAAAGUCUCAGUCUUAUGACUGUUGCUACUCACACCAAGGUAUCCUGCGCCAUUCAGUAGGAAUGCAUCGCUGUAUCAAUAAUGUGCUUCAAUAAUUAUGACUGCCCAUAUAGCCAGUGUUAGCAACUGAGAUAUGAAAGGUAGGAGCCAAAUGGCACCUUAAACCUAGGUAAUGGGCGCAACAAAGGAAUGUCUAGGCACACUUUUUAUAACAAGAAUACAAAGCUGAAAAUGAAUGAACUGCAGUUAAAAUAUUAUGUUCAUUUUUUUACAUGGUCCAGUCCUUCCCCUGCCCACUCCCCAUAUAUUUUCAGGAGGGUCUCUUCUCCAUUCUUCUGAGAGUAGCUGGAAGUGGGGAGGCAGAAAAAGGUCCUCCUUACCUUCCACUCUGCAGUUUUAAUCUGAAAUCUCAGGCGCAGUACUGCGACCAGAACUCAGAAACUGCUCACGCUAAUGGAGUUCCCUGUCGCAAAAUGCACCUAGAACCAAUGGGAUUUUCGAACAGUGCAUAUAGCAUCUAAUAUAUCUGCCAAGUUUCACCAUGAGGCACAUGACCUAUUCACAACACUUAGGUUAUGUGUACAAAACAGCACAGAAAUAGGGUAAGGAGGCAAAGUUUGUGAAGUAAAGGUAAAACAGAACACUUCUCAUCUUAUGCAGUAGUCUGGUAGCUGACUGUUGUAUUCAGAAGGCAGUGGCAUGAAUUUUAACGACCACUCUUUCCAUCUUUUCCACUUAAAAAUACUAGAAACAUUGUGUACCUUGAUGUACAAAUGGUGUUCCUCUGUUGCAGCUUAGGAGCUGCUCACAAUUCUUUGUGAACAUAUGAAGCUGUCUUUUUCUGAGUCCAGCUAGCUUAGUACUGUUCAUUGGGUGACAGUGGUGCUCCAGAACAAGAGAUUAUUAUUAUUAUUAAGUUUCUAUGGUGCUGUGGUCUAAACCACUCAGCCUCUUUGGCUUGCUGAUCAGAAGGUCGGCGGUUCGAAUCCCCGCGACAGGGUGAGCUCCCGUUGCUCGGUCCCAGCUCCUGCCAACCUAGCAGUUCGAAAGCAUGCCAGUGGGAGUAGAUAAAUAGGUACCGCUGCGACAGGAAGAUGAAUGGCGUUUCCAUGCACUCUGGCACUCAUCACGGUCCUCUGUGCGCCAGUAGUGGUUUAGUCAUGCUGGCCACAUGACCUGGAAAUCUGUCUGUGGAUAAACACUGGCUCCCUUGGCCUGAAAGCGAGAUGAGCGCCACAACCCCAUAGUUGCCUUUGACUGGACUUAUCCAUCCAGGGGCCCUUUACCUUUUUACCUUUACCUUUUACUGCCCUUCAUUUGAGGAUCACAGGGUGGUUUACAGUAUAUGAACACAAAAAUAUACAACAUAACAAACAACGACGAGCCUCCCGGGGGAGAGUACAUUCCACAAACAGAGAGCCACUUCAGAAAAGACACAAACUUGUGUUGCCGCCCUUCAGACCUCUCAUGGAUACACAAAGAAGGACCUCAAAUGAUUAUCAACAGAGUCUGGGACAGUUCAUAUGGGGAAAAGCAGUCCUUGAGGUAUUGUGGCUCUGAGCUGUUCCAGGCUUUAUAGGUCACAACCAGCAUAUUGAAUUGGGUCUGGAAACCCAAUUGGCAGUCAGUACAGUUGGGCCAAGAUUAGUGUUAUGUGUUCAAGCCACCUUGCCCUGGUGAGCAAACUGGCUGCUUAAUUCUGCACCAGCUGAAGUUUCCAGACUUUCAGAGGCAGCCGUCCACAUAUAACAUGCCGCAACAAUACAUUAAUGUCUGUUUCAUUGCUGCUACCUUAGAUACCAGGAAUUUUAACUGGGAGAUUUUUGCAUCACCAUCAUCAAGCUUUCUUAGUUGCUUUACAUGAGCAUCUCAGAGCAAUUUACAAAUAUAGUAAAAUAUGCAAUGCCACUCGUGACAAGCAAGGGAAAAAGCAGAGCACAGUAAUCAAAUCAUAAAACAAUCAUUCCAGCCCCUAACAUAGGUCUUACCAUAGCAGAUGGCCAAAGUCAGAUAGACGGAAAGAUAUCACCAACUGCUUCAAAGAAAGUUUAACACUUGGGAGAAGAAAAUGUUGGUGCCGAGUGAGCUUCCCUGGGGAGACCAUUCUGUGGAUGGAGGCUGGUUCCUCAUGAUCACCCUCCAGACAACUGCCUGCCCCUCAUUCUGACUUCAGGACAUGGGCAGGCUCAUAUAAGGGCCGGGAAGGUAUUGAGGUCCUGAGUCAUCUAAGGCUUUAUAGGUGAAGACUACUACUUGGUCAUAGAGCUCUGAAGCCAGGCUAUGCCCAUCCAUAUUGGACCACCAACUGAAGCUGGUGGAAGGUGCUCCAUGCCGUUUAGACCACUUGUGUCUCCACUGACAGUGAUGUAUCAAAGGGUUUAUCUCUGCAUCUGAUCUUUCAGGGAAAUGCAAUACUAAAGUCGGCUGCAUGCCACCUGUCCAGAUCAAGGAACUGUUCUCUAACCAUCUGUCUUGUCUGGAUUGAGCCUCAGUUUUUGGCUGUCAUCCAGUUCAUUGCCACAACCAGACACCUGCUCAGCAUGCGCUCUGCUACACCUGCUGAAGAUUAAAAUGGAGCCGUGUGUCACCAGCUUACCGAUGACAACACACUCAAAAAGUCUGGGUGAUCUCACCCAGCAGUUUCAUGUAUAUUUAAAUAGCAUGGGGGAUAAGACAUGAACCCUGUGCAACGCCAUACUGAAGGCUCCAUAAGACCAGGCAAAAAUCACCCAGGAUCACCUUCUGAAGCUGGUUGCUCAAGUAGGAGCAGAACAACCACUCCCCUGUCUCUCUCCUGGCAAAGGUGGUCUCAGUGCAAUAGCUUGAACCCUAGUUGAAAUGGAUCAGGAUGGAUAAAAAUCAAUGAUUUUAAAAAAUAAAAAAUAAAAAAAAUCAGAUUUUUUUAUUUAAAUCAGAUUUUUUUAAAAAAAAGAAAUAAGAGUUUUUAAAAUAAAAUGCUUUUGGAGGAAAAAAUCUUUCUUAAGUUAGUUUUCUAUUUAAGUUACUGUACUUUUCCAUGUAUAACACGCCCCUUUGUAUAAGAUGCCCCCUAUUUUGGGGGACUAAAAUGAAGAAACUGGGGGGAGGGGAGGGAGGAAUUACCCAGAGUUGUUGAGCUUUUUUUGGGAGGAAAUCACUCACUCACCUGGUCGCCAACACUCACAGUAGCACAUGCCACAAAAGCCGCCAGUAGCCACAACAACAGCCAAUCAACAGCAACGCUUGCCACCAAUCAAAUCCACCCUGAAAUGGAUCCAGAAAUUUGGCAUGUGUUCCAGUAGCCCAUCCCCUUCAUAACUGGAGGCUAGACUGAUAGGAACAGGGCAUUUCCAUUGAUGGUGCUUUUCUUUGGAUGACCCUCGCCAAGGAAGCUUAGGAGGUCAUCUUUUCCCUUACUUUACAGUUAUGAGGUUUCAGAAGGUGAGGUAUGAUUCUGUUUUAAUAGAAGUGGGAGAUGGUUUUUGUACUUGGUUCAUUUUUGAAAUUGGGGGUUUCAUGGUAACUGCAUUUUUGUAAGCUGCUAUGGCACCCCAUAGGUCAUUUUGGCAGGUCUUAAAUGCAAAAAUAUGCUUGCUGGUGCUUUGUGACUAGCAUCUGGGGCUAGUCCCAGUUGUAUUCCUCAGUCUGCCUGGUUUACAGCAGUUGUGUUGGCCCAAGGGAUAUGGGGUGGGUAUAGUGGUGGGUCUUGCAUACCUCAUUUUUCCACUUGGAACCCUGUAGACUCAUAAUGGUGGUUUCUUCCCUGGAAUUGUGGACACUUCUUUGCCUCUGCCACACACAAUGCUCUCUUAUCUGUCCUCUUCUGCUAUGCUGUGCAUCUGGUUUGCUGGUGCCUCCUGCCUAACCGUGGUGAAACUGUGUUAUAGUGAUGUGAUGCUGCUUCAUGCUUGCUGAUUGAACGUAGCACAGCAGCUACCUAUAUUGCAUGAGCAGAAGGAGGCUUACUUGCAUAAACAGAAGGAGGCCUAGCUUGUUCACGUGUCACAUUGCUAACAUAAUCCUGUUCCCUGCUAUCUGAAAAGCUAUUGUGCAAACAGCAUUGCAUAUUUCUGCAAAGCUGUGUUCCACUGACUUGCUGUUUAGAGGUACCUCAAACCUUGGAUAAAAUUUUUGCUUCGUUAUUUGUAUUUCUUCCUUAUUUGCUGGAACCUUGGGUGUAAUGCGUAGAAAAACAAGAAGAAUAAGCCCUGCUUGCUCACUUUUGUCACACCAGAUUCUAACCCAAGUUAAAAACACACACAGCUUUCAGAUGUUGGGGCUUUGCUGAAGCUCCAAAAGAAAGGAUCAGCUCCUGUGAAGAAUGAAGGUUCUCUAGAACUUGUUGCUUCCUCUGCCCACAUACCAAUCUUUCUUCAAGGCUGGUUGCUUUUAGGGAGUCAAUAGGUGCUGAAGCAUGUAAAACUCUAUUUCUCUCUCUUUGAUUGCUGUGUUCAACAAAGAAUAGUUGGGAAGUGAUAUUCUUGUCAUAGCUUCCAUGACUUACUGCAAGACAUCAUAUGGAAGCCUGACGUGGAAAUGUCUCUGAGCGGUUGUUAACCCAUAUCCACAAUGGUGAAUAUAUCUCCAAUGGACUUAAAAUAUUUUCACUGAUGUCUAGCUUGUUUUCAGGCACAGUUCAGGGUUUGACAAAUUACCUGAUCCCACACCAUUUAUUGUAAAAACCGCUUUUUUAAAUAAAUAAAAAGCUGCCUGUUAGGUACAAUAUUAAUUGGAGCGCUUCCUCUGAUCGUCCCCUGCUUUGCAGAUUAGGCAGGUUGCUACCAAAGAGAAGAACCCUUUCUGUGCUUUCCACAUGAAUUUGGAGCAUCUGUCUUUUAGGUGACAGGGAAAGUCCUUCAUGCUUGCCCAUGCUUCUGGUAGGCUGCUAGUUUUUAUUGCUGCUUUGACUGUUGCUAGCUUGGUUUUGCAUCUUGAGCGCUAUGCUUUUUCCUGACAGCUCAUAUGUCUUUAGCACUGAUUUGAAUGCUGUUUAAGGCGUUAUUAUGAAUUUUGUGAGCUGUCCGAAAUCCUGUAGCAGUAGCUGUGGAAAAGGGGUUAUUAGAAGAAGACAUAAGUAUGAUAAAGUGCAUUGACCCAAGAUUUAUGCGAAUUUCUGUGGCAUGCAACACUUUGAGACUUUCUAGAUUGAAUUAAUUCUUCAAAGAAGGGUAUGUCCUUUGCUUUGUUAAGGCCAUGGUACUAAUCUUUGUUUCUGAUGCAUUUAUUUUUCUUCCUUAUGGGGUUGCAAACUUGUGCCAUAUUCUUUUUUUAAAAGAAACUCCAGUUUCGCUCAGUUACAGCAAAAGCAGUUUUGUGCAGUUGGCAAGCAUAGGGAUUGUCACACUGUGGACUAGCUGGGCCUGAGAGGGAUUGCGGCCAGGGGCCCCUUUUCUCUGAAAAUAAAAUAAAUGAUCACAAGGAUUUGGCACAGUGUCAAAUAGUUCACUUACUUAUUUAUGAGAUUCUUAUCCGUCCCUUCAUGUUAAGGUCCCAGGGGCAGGUUACAACAAUAUAAUCAAACAAUAAGAAUGGUGUAUACAAUUACAAAAACAAUUAAACCAAUUCCAAGCGAAAUGUAGCACAGUAUAGGUUAAACAACACAGCAGAGGUUGCCUCCACGAAAAAUGCUGUUAAAGAUCAUGGGAUAAAGGGUUGCAUUUCCAGCAUAUGGAGGAAGCUAGACAACAAGCUUAAAGAUUUCAGUACCCCUUCACUAGGGCAUUACAUUCCCUGUGAAACAACCCAUCAAGAAGAACAGAAUGCAAAAUGUGUGGCUUAUACGAGUUCUUUCUGCUCUUUGCUGUGACAAUGUGUAAUUAUGAGCUGGCUACAAAUGUCUAGCUUGCUGAGUUCACCUCAUCCAGGACAGUUGGUUCUCUCAUAUUUGGAAGUAUAUAUUGGCUGCUGAUAUAAGCCCGGGUUGGAUGAUAGCUUAGCCAUCCAGCUUCAGCUCCAAAUAUUGAUUGGCAGUCUCUCUUCAUUGUUAAAUUCGGUAUGAUUUUUGAGGAAAGCCCUUGGUGCUUGGGAGAAGGGUGCAAAAGAAGGUGCUUGGCAUGUGACAGGCACAGCGUCAUGUCAGCCAGCCAUCCCAUGACAGUAUCUUGUGCCUGCCUUGUCAUACUGAAGGUGUACCACCUCAUUGUGCACCCUUUACACCAGCCUUUCUCAACCUUGGGUCUCUCCAUGUUGUUGGACUACAACUCCCAUCAUUCCUAGCCAGCAGGGCCAGUGGUCAGGGAUGAUGGGAGUUGUAGUUCAAGAACAUCUGGGGAUCCAGGUUUGAGAAAGGCUGCUUUACACUUAAGAGUAUUUUUAACAAUGGUAACAGGGGAGCAUGACCAUAGUAUCUCUGAAGCAGGCAUAUAUUUUUUUGCCAACAAGUACUGCAAUUGAGAUACUGCAAUGCCAUAUUCUUAUUUCGUUCUUGGUUAAUCUUUGCCAGUGGAUUCAAUUGGCUGCUCCUGUGGCAGAGCAACAUCCUGUCCUUUCCCUUGCACACUGUACUGCAGGGUCAGUUCACCAGGCCUUUUCAGGACAGCAGCAUCUGUCAUCAGCUUUCUUUGCUUUUCUAAGGCUUGCCGCUGGGACUCUGUUUCAGUUCUCUUUUGUCACUGGACAGGCUGACACAAUUUCCACUGAAUGAGGACAAAACCUAGAUGGAAGCUUUAUCCUUACUACCGGGGUGGAUACACACACACACACACACACACACACACACUUUUUUUUUUUGCAAUUUUAGUGAUCCCAGGUGUCAGCCUUUCAAAGUAACUGAAAUGUCAAUAUAAUAUAAACAUGCUUCAUUUUCUACUUCAUUCUUAAAGCUUAGUUUAUGACUCUGUCAAACGUGCCUCUAUCAUUCAGUGCGUGAGCGAGAGAAGCAUUUAUUUUAUUUUAAAGCAUUGAUCAUUAGGAACAUAGGUAGUUGAGCGUGAGCAUGCAGACUAGCAGGGUGAAUUGCCUGCCUGGCAUGAAGAUUGCGCAUGUUGCCCAUCACCAAGUUAGCAAGGGAGAUCGUGCUGGGGCAAAGUCCGUACUUGGGGGCACAUUCACACUAAUGAUAAGGGUAAAUGCAGUUGCAAGGUCCUGGAAGCCAAAUUUAGGUUGCUAGGUAGAAUGCUGAAAGCCAGAACCUCCAAGGUAUGCAUGGAUGAGACAGUGGGAGGAGGGGUUUGGAUUUAUUAGUCACUGGGGAACAUUCUGGGGCAAGACAGGCCUGUACAAAAGUGAUAGACUCCACUUGAACUGGGCUGGGAUCAGACUGUUGGCAUUUAAAAUAAAAUAGGUGGCAUAGCAGCGUUUAAACUGAUUCGCAGCGAAAGGCAAUGGGGCCUGAGGGAUGAAGAUGAUAAACGGGUGAAUAUUUAAAUGGGGUGGCAGCGAACUCAGCACUGUGAGUGCCGGGGCGCAGGACAGCAAUUCAGAGAAGCCAAAGCACCGCAAAUCAAAAUGCAAGCACCAAAGACACUUCAAGAGAGAGACUCUGUGCAAGUGUUUAUAUGCUAAUGGUAGAAGCUCCCAAGCCAAGAUGGGUGAACUGUAGUUCUUGGUUUUAAAAGGUGGCAUUGAUAUAGUUGGUAUUACAGAAGCCUGGUGGAGCAGAGAGAACCAGUGGGAGACAGAUAUCUCUGGAUGUAAACUCUACAGGAAGGGCAGAGAAGGACAUGUUGCUCUGUACAUCCUCAUCCUCAGGAGAGGUUUUUUGGGGAGUGUUGAAAGACAGUAGGAAAGUCAGUGUAUGUGAGCUUUUCUCUGGAUCCAACUCAAUAUCUUUUCAACAACUUUUUCAAUUGUGCUUUGACUGAUUGUGACCAGGUAUUCUUGCUUUAAAAAACAAAACAAAAUAAAAUAAAAGUAUCAUGAGUUCAUUGAUCGACUGGUGCAAGGAUUGCUCUUUAAAUGUUCUUGAAGCAUUUCUUGAAAGUAUCUCAGUAACCAACAGGCAGAAGGACUGUGGUCUACUUUCUGCCACCCCUGAUUCUGAGUUACUUUUAAAUUGACUCUGAUAGUCUUGUGUGCAUUUAUUGUUGUGAGUGUUACAUGUCAUUCCGCAGUAUCAUCGGUUGAUUAUAACCACAUGUAAAUCUGUCAUGUUUUAUCCUCAAAAAAUUAUCUUUUACAGGAGAGGUCAUCGCAGCUUUAACACUACUGAAGCAAAAUAUGGAAUGGGUUUCACUGGUGACUGAAUCCAGCCAAACAAACAGUAUUGACAGUAGCUUGAAAAUCACCAGUUAG